UGUUCGCAGCCUGCCAGCGUGGUGACGUUUCAGCCAUGGCACAGCAGGACGCGCCUGCCAAUAAGGCCGCUGCCCCGAACCUGGCCGUGCUGCACUCCAACUUUAUCAUCGGCUCUGUGUCGGAGGAGAACUCUGAAGAUGAGCUCCUGGGGAAGCCAGACCUGACGCUGGGCCUGGAAGAGAAGGAGCGCUCCAUAUCCCCCACCUCUAGCCUCAGUUCAGAGAACAGCAGCUACGAGAUGGGCUUCGACAAUAUCGAUGGGCCCCACAUGAGGUCAGAACCCAGGCUUUUCUUUCUCGUUUGUGUUACCUGAGCCUCUCUGUUUGGCUCGUCUUGUUUAUCCAGGCAUGGCAACCACACAAAGGUGUUUUAAUCAUAGCAUGAUCUUUACUGAGGUUACUGUUAUCUCAAUACAUUAUACAAAAUGGUACUGCACUAGUUUUGAUUGCAGCAACAAUCUGGCCCCAGUCAUAUGGGAUGAAGAAACCUCCAAUACAGACCUGUCUCCAUCAGACGAGUCUGGAGUGGAGUAUUCUGAAAUGGCAGCAGCAGGAGAACACUGGGUUCAGUUCAGUGCUCUCCCCCUGGCUGGCUCCCCCUUCUCUGCUGUGUGGGUGUUUAAAAAUGUGGCCUGGCCAGACCAGCUUCACACCCUGCCUGCCUGCUAUAGAGGAGCUGUGUGUUCUGGGAGGACUGGCCUCCCUGCUGCUGCUGUCCUUCUGCCAACAGCCUCAGCCCUAAGCUCUCCCUGGAGCCUGGCCUCACCAGCUCUCCUUUAUAUUCAGUGGCUCUUUUUACAGCUACUGGGACUAGGCUGUAGAGAAUGGACAUUGUGAAUGAGUGUGGCAUACAUAAGACUUGAUUUGUAUGAUUAAGUAGCAGAUAUGGUGCUGGCAAGAAGAAUAAGGCUACAUUUGUACACAUAGUAAGCGUAGGCUAUUUAUUUAGAAUGGUGUUCAGAUUUGUUUCUCACUGUCUUACUUGUUGCAAACUCUGUUUUGUGUGUAGGUUAUUUGGUCUAGUGAGUUUUGGUUAAACUACAGUAUAUGCCUGCCACAGGUCUGGGCUGUUGGAAUUGAAGCAUUGUAAUAGAGACUAAGGCUGUGUCAAUCACGGAAUUUUAGAUGGCAGUUAUUAGUCAGCCAAAUGAUCGCGGUCACCGUUAUAACUGUUUGAAUAAUAUAUAUAUAUAUACAUAUACAGUGGGGGAAAAAAGUAUUUAGUCAGCCACCAAUUGUGCAAGUUCUCCCACUUAAAUGAGAGGCCUGUAAUGUUCAUCAUAGGUACACGUCAACUAUGACAGACAAAUUGAGAAAAAAAAAUCCAGAAAAUCACAUUGUAGGAUUUUUAAUGAAUUUAUUUGCAAAAUAUGGUAGAAAAUAAGUAUUUGGUCACCUACAAACAAGCAAGAUUUCUGGCUCUCACAGACACGUAACUUCUUCUUUAAGAGGCUCCUCUGUCCUCCACUCGUUACCUGUAUUAAUGGCACCUGUUUGAACUUGUUAUCAGUAUAAAAGACACCUGUCCACAACCUCAAACAGUCACACCCCAAACUCCACUAUGGCCAAGACCAAAGAGCUGUCAAAGGACACCAGAAACAAAAUUGUAGACCUGCACCAGGCUGGGAAGACUGAAUCUGCAAUAGGUAAGCAGCUUGGUUUGAAGAAAUCAACUGUGGGAGCAAUUAUUAGGAAAUGGAAGACAUACAAGACCACUGAUAAUCUCCCUCGAUCUGGGGCUCCACGCAAGAUCUCACCCCGUGGGGUCAAAAUGAUCACAAGAACGGUGAGCAAAAAUCCCAGAACCACACGGGGGGACCUAGUGAAUGACCUGCAGAGAGCUGGGACCAAAGUAACAAAGCCUACCAUCAGUAACACACUACGCCGCCAGGGACUCAAAUUCUGCAGUGCCAGACAUGUCCCCCUGCUUAAGCCAGUACAUGUCCAGGCCCGUCUGAAGUUCGCUAGAGUGCAUUUGGAUGAUCCAGAAGAGGAUUGGGAGAAUGUCAUAUGGUCAGAUGAAACCAAAAUAGAACUUUUUGGUAAAAACUCAACUCGUCGUGUUUGGAGGACAAAGAAUGCUGAGUUGCAUCCAAAGAACACCAUACCUACUGUGAAGCAUGGGGGUGGAAACAUCAUGCUUUGGGGCUGUUUUUCUGCAAAGGGACCAGGACGACUUAUCCGUGUAAAGGAAAGAAUGAAUGGGGCCAUGUAUCAUGAGAUUUUGAGUGAAAACCUCCUUCCAUCAGCAAGGGCAUUGAAGAUGAAACGUGGCUGGGUCUUUCAGCAUGACAAUGAUCCCAAACACACCGCCCGGGCAACGAAGGAGUGGCUUCGUAAGAAGCAUUUCAAGGUCCUGGAGUGGCCUAGCCAGUCUCCAGAUCUCAACCCCAUAGAAAAUCUUUGGAGGGAGUUGAAAGUCCGUGUUGCCCAGCGACAGCCCCAAAACAUCACUGCUCUAGAGGAGAUCUGCAUGGAGGAAUGGGCCAAAAUACCAGCAACAGUAUGUGAAAACCUUGUGAAGACUUACAGAAAACGUUUGACCUGUGUCAUUGCCAACAAAGGGUAUAUAACAAAGUAUUGAGAAACUUUUUUGUUAUUGACCAAAUACUUAUUUUCCACCAUAAUUUGCAAAUAAAUUCAUAAAAAAUCCUACAAUGUGAUUUUCUGGAUUUAUUUUCCUCAUUUUGUCUGUCAUAGUUGACGUGUACCUAUGAUGAAAAUUACAGGCCUCUCUCAUCUUUUUAAGUGGGAGAACAUGCACAAUUGGUGGCUGACUAAAUACUUUUUUUCCCCACUGUAUAUAUCCUCUGCGCCUGACUGCAUGUGCUCCUGCUUCAGGGAGGGGGGUGUUGCCUAGGCAACCAAAAACGUGUUUGCUACAACACCUUGCUUGUUUCAACAAGGAGCAACAAAGUUUCAUUUUUUAUUUUAUUUUAUUUUAUUUCACCUUUAUUUAACCAGGUAAACCAGUUGAGAACAAGUUCUCAUUUACAACUGCGACCUGGCCAAGAUAAAGCAAAGCAGUGCGAUAAAAAACAACAACACAGAGUUACAUAUGGGGUAAAACAAAACAAAGUCAAAAAUACAACAGAAAUACAUAUAAUAUACAGUGUGCAAAUUUAGCAAGUUAUGGAGGUAAGGCAAUAAAAUAGGCUAUAGUGCAAAAUAAUUACAAUUUAGUAUUAACACUGGAAUGAUGUGCAAGAGAUGAUGUGCAAAUAGAGAUACUGGGGUACAAAUGAGCAAAAUAAAUAACAAUAUAGGGAUGAGGUAGUUGGGCGGGCUAAUUUCAGAUGGGCUGUGUACAGGUGCAGUGAUCGGUAAGGUGCUCUGACAACUGAUGCUUAAAGUUAGUGAGGGAGAUAAGUGUCUCCAGCUUCAGAGAUUUUUGCAAUUUGUUCCAGUCAUUGGCAGCAGAGAACUGGAAGGAAUUGCGGCCAAAGGAGGUGUUGGCUUUGGGGAUGACCAGUGAGAUAUACCCGCUGGAGCGCAGACUACGGGUGGGUGUUGCUAUGGUGACCAAUGAGCUAAGAUAAGGCGGGGAUUUGCCUAGCAGUGAUUUAUAGAUGGCCUGGAGCCAGUGGGUUUGGCGACGAAUAUGUAGUGAGGACCAGCCAACAAGAGCGUACAGGUCACAGUGGUGGGUAUUAUAUGGGGCUUUGGAGACAAAACGGAUGGCACUGUGAUAGACAACAUCCAAUUUGCUGAGUAGAGUGUUGGAGGCUAUUUUGUAAAUGACAUCGCCGAAGUCAAGGAUCGGUAGGAUAGUCAGUUUUACGAGGGCAUGUUUGGCAGCAUGAGUGAAGGAGGCUUUGUUGCGAAAUAGGAAACCGAUUCUAGAUUUAACUUUGGAUUGGAGAUUCUUAAUGUGAGUCUGGAAGGAGAGUUUACAGUCUAACCAGACACCUAGAUAUUUGUAGUUGUCCACAUACUCUAGGUCAGACCCGUCUAGAGUAGUGAUUCUAGUCGGGUGGGCGGGUGCAAGCAGCGUUCGGUUGAAGAGCAUGCAUUUAGUUUUACUAGUGUUUAGGAGCAGUUGGAGGCUACUAAAGGAGUGUUGUAUGGAAUUGAAGCUCGUUUGGAGGUUUGUUAACACAGUGUCCAAUGAAGGGCCAGAUGUAUACAAAAUGGUGUCGUCUGCGUAGAGGUGGAUCUGAGAGUCACCAGCAGCAAGAGCGACGUCAUUGAUAUACACAGAGAAAAGAGUUGGCCCAAGAAUUGAACCCUGUGGCACCCCCAUAGAGACUGCCAUAGGUCCAGACAACAGGCCCUCCGAUUUGACACAUUGAACUCUAUCUGAGAAGUAGUUGGUGAACCAGGCGAGGCAGUCAUUUGAGAAACCAAGGCUAUUUAGUCUGCCAAUAAGAAUGCGGUGGUUGACAGAGUCGAAAGCCUUGGCCAGGUCAAUGAAAACGGCUGCACAGUACUGUCUAUUAUCGAUCGCGGUUAUAAUAUCGUUUAGGACCUUGAGCGUGGCUGAAGUGCACCCAUGACCAGCUCGGAAACCGGAUUGCAUAGCGGAGAAGGUACGGUGGGAUUCGAAAUGGUCGGUGAUCUGUUUGUUGACUUGGCUUUCAAAAACUUUUGAAAGGCAGGGCAGGAUGGAUAUGGGUCUGUAACAGUUUGGGUCUAGAGUGUCACCCCCUUUGAAGAGGGGGAUGUGACCGCGGCAGCUUUCCAGUCUCUGGGGAUCUCAGACGUUACGAAAGAGAGGUUGAACAGGCUAGUAAUAGGGGUUGCAACAAUUUCGGCGGCUAGUUUUAGAAAGAAAGGGUCCAGAUUGUCUAGCCCAGAUGAUUUGUAGGGGUCCAGAUUUUGCAGCUCUUUUAGAACAUCAGCUGUCUGGAUUUGUGUGAAGGAGAAGCGGGGGGGGCAUGGGCAAGUUGCAGUGGAGGGUGCAGAGCUGGUGGCCGGGGUAGUGGUAGCCAGGUGGAAAGCAUGGCCAGCCGUAGCAAAAUGCUUGUUGAAAUUCUCGAUUAUUGUAGAUUUAUCGGUGGUGAUAGUGUUUCCUAGCCUCAGUGCAGUGGGCAGCUGGGAGGAAGUGCUCUUAUUUUCCAUGGACUUUACAGUGUCCCAAAACUUUUUGGAGUUAGUGCUACAGGAUGCAAAUUUCUGUUUGAAAAAGUUAGCCUUUGCUUUCCUAACUGCUUGUGUAUAUUGGUUCCUAACUUCCCUGAAAAGUUGCAUAUCGCGGGGGCUAUUUGAUGCUAAUGCAGUACGCCACAGGAUGUUUUUGUGCUGGUCAAGGGCAGUCAAGUCUGAGGAGAACCAGGGGCUAUAUCUGUUCUUAGUUCUGUAUUUUUUGAAUGGGGCAUGUCUAUUUAAGAUUGAGAGGAAAUUACUUUUAAAGAACAACCAGGCAUCCUCUACUGACGGAAUGAGAUCUAUAUCCAUCCAGGAUACCUGGGCCAGGUCAAUUAGGAAGGCCUGCUCGCUGAAGUGUUUUUGGGAGCGUUUGACAGUGAUGAGGGGUGGUCGUUUGACCGCGGACCCGUUACGGACGCAGGCAAUAAGGCAGUGAUCGCUGAGAUCCUGGUUGAAGACAGCGGAGGUGUAUUUAGAGGGUAAGUUAGUCAGGAUGAUAUCUAUGAGGGUACCCAUGUUUACGGAUUUAGGGUUGUACCUGGUAGGUUCGUUGAUAAUUUGUGUGAGAUUGAGGGCAUCUAGUUUAGAUUGUAGGAUGGCCGGGGUGUUAAGCAUAUCCCAAUUUAGGUCACCAAGCAGUACGAACUCUGAGGAUAGAUGGGGGGCAAUCAGUUCACAUAUGGUGUCCAGGGCACAGCUGGGGGCUGAGGGGGGUCUGUAGCAAGCGGCAACAGUGAGAGAUUUAUUUCUGGAAAGGUGGAUUUUUAGAAGUAGAAGCUCAAACUGUUUGGGAACAGACCUGGAUAGUAUGAUGGAGCUCUGCAGGCUAUCUCUACAGUAGAUUGCAACUCCACCCCCUUUGGCAGUUCUAUCUAGACGGAAAAUGUUAUAGUUGGGGAUGGAAAUUUCAGAAUUUUUGGUGGCCUUCCUAAGCCAGGAUUCAGACACUGCUAGAACAUCAGGGUUGGCGGAGUGUGCUAACGCAGUGAAUAACUCAAACUUAGGAAGGAGGCUUCUGAUAUUUAUGUGCAGAAAACCAAGACUUUUACGGUUACAGAAGUCAACAAAUGAUAGCUCCUGGGAAGUAGGAGUGAUACUGGGGGCUGCAGGGCCUGGGUUAGCCUCUACAUCACCAGAGGAACAGAGGAGGACUAGAAUAAGGAUACGACUAAAGGCUUUAAGAACUGGUCUUCUAGUGCGUUGGGUACAUAGAAUAAAGGGGGCAGUUCUCCGGGCGUUGUAGAAAAGAUUCAGGUCAUUAUGUACAGAAAAGGAUAUGGAAGGAUAUGAGUACAGUUCAGGUAACCCUAAGCGUUGGGUAACAAUGAAAGAGAUAGCGUCAUUGGAGGCAUCGAUGGAGCCGGUCUCGGCGUGUAUGGGGGGAGGAACAAAGGAACUAUAUGAGGCAGUUUGAGAGGGACUAGGGGUUCUACAUUGAAAUUGUAUAAUAAGAACUAACCCAAACAGCAAUAGGCAAGGCAUAAUUGACAUGGGGAGAGAGGCAUAAAGCAGUCAUGUGUUAUUAGAGAGAGCUAAGACACAACUGGAAAUAGCGAUAACGUUUGGGCUAAGACUAAACAGAAUAAACAGGACAGGGUACCGUGUAAAGGAACAGUCCAGCAGGCAUCAGCUGUGCAGCUGAGUGAUCAUAAGGUCCAGUGAACAGCAAUAUGUGAGUCCGAGAGCAGUUCAAAUUGGUGCUUCAGCACAGCUAGCAGGGAGCACAGUUGUAGUUUGCGUGUGCUAGCGGGCCGGGGGUGGCAGAUGGAUCUUCGUGGUCGUCGCAACGGGAAGCCUGUUGAAACCACAUCAGACUAUUUCGUCGGCAAACCAGUCGUGUUGGAUCGGCGGGGCUCAGUGUCAACACUAGGAGGUCCCGUCCGGUUGACAGAGAGGUAGAUAGCCGGGAGAUGGGCCUGAGGCUAGCUCAAGGCUAACUGGUGCUUGCUAUAGGGUAAUGGUAAUCAGCCAACAACAGGUUGCAGCUAGCUAGCUGGUUGUGAUGAUCCGGCGCUAGGGUCCAGUGAUUCCGGCAGAAAGUCCAAUAAGCUCUGGGUCGAUAGCACGCUGGGUCGAUAGCACGCUGUGCAGACUGGCCGACGAAUUGUCCAGGCUAGAGCUAGAGCUGGCUGGUGGAUAGUGUAGGCCACGGACAAUGGUGACGACGCUAACGGUGACUAAUAACAGGUAGCCACUAUUUUCAGCUUACGGUUCUUGAUGAAAGUUAUAAAGAAAUAAUAGAAUCCUUUCCACGUUGGGUGAGGCGGGUUGCAGGAAAGUAUAUUUUGUUAAAGAAUGAAAGUAAAAAAAUUGAGAAAUAUAGACAAAAAAACAAGAAACGGGAUAUUUACACAGGACGAAAAAUAAAAGCGACCGCACUGCUACGCCAUCUUGGAACUAUUCAUCACGUUGUAGAGCAGGGAUCAUCAACUAGAUUCAGCCGCGGGCCGAUAUUAUUAUUUUUAUAUUUUUUAUUGAGCGGAUUGUCAGGGGGCCGGAACAUAGUUGCAAAUAAUUUGCAUACUGCAAAUUGAUCGCAAUAAAAAUGUAUUUAUUGAUUUGGCCUUCUUGCGGUCAAUUUGCAGUAUGCAAAUUGUUUGACUAAAACAUAAUAAUUUCAUACCAUGCUUAUGUUUGUGUACGGUCACAUACACUGAGUGUACAAAACAUUAGAACAUGCUCUUUCCGUGACAGACUGACCAGGUGAAAGCUAUGAUCCCUUAUUGAUGUCACCUGUAAAAUCCACUUCAAUCAGUGUAAAUGAAGGGGAGGAGACAGGUUAAAGAAUGAUUUUUAAGCCUUGCGACAAUAUGGAUUGUGUAUGUGUGCCAUUCAGAGGGUGAAUGGGCAAGACAAAAGAUUUAAGUGCCUUUGAAUUGGGUAUGGUAGUAGGUGUCAGGCACACCGGUUUGAGUGUGUCAAGAAAAGUAACGCUGCUGGAUUUUUUUACACUCAACAGUUUCCCGUGUGUCUCAAGAAUGGUCCACCACCCAAAGGACUUCCAGCCAACUUGACACAACUGUGGGAAGCAUUGGCGUUAACAUGGGCCAGCAUCCCUGUGGAAUGCUUUCGACACCUUGUAGAGUCCAUGCCCUGACGAAUUGAGGCUGUUCAGAGGGAAAAAGGGGAUGCAACUCAAUAUUAGGAAGGAGUUCCUAAUGUUUUGUACACUCAGUGUUCAUUUUAUCUCUCUAUUAUGUGUGGAAAUACUUUGGAACAGAUUUCUAAAAUGAAAAUCACCUGGGGCUGAUUUGCUGGUGUUUUUUAAAAUAUUUUAUGUCCCAGAAAACAUAGGGGCCAAAUAAAAUCACUGAAUUUGGCCAGCAAGCCACCAGUUGGGGAACCCUUUUGUAGAGUCCAUGUUACAGCAGAAACUGACUCAACCGCACGAAUGCCCGGACCUCCAGUCUUCAGUCAGCUUUUUUAAAAAUGUGUAAAUGGUUAUGAUGGUUAUUUUAUUUUCAUGGCGGUUUUCAUCCAUAACCAUCGGUUACACAGUUAUACAGUAAUUGUGCCAGCCCUAAUAGAGACUGGUGAGAUUCAACCCUACAGUCACUCUAGCAGUAAGGUUUUAGUGUUUGUGGUGGGCCAAUACACGGAAGAAGAAGUAAAUAUUCACACUGUUGUUCACCUGUCACCUAGGCCUAACUCUUUCCACACACAUGGGGCUACAUUCCAUAGCCAUGGUUGGACAAUAGCAGUGUACACACUCCUAUAUUAGCCUAUGUGGCAGUCAUUUGGUGGGAGGAAAGAAAGAAAACAAUUGAAAUGUACAUCAGAUAUCAAGUUAAGUUUAACUAAACAUCAUGCCAAAGUAUUUAUCUACAGUCUAUAUGGUAUUGACUGAGCUUUCAGACUGUUAUUAUGAUGUGCCAGUCUGACAGAAAGAGGGAGGCAUGUUUUUGUUGUUGAUCCUUUUUUAGCACCUCACAUUUCAGUGAUUAGUUUCACAGCUCUCCACAGCUGCCCUAUCCUGUCUGGUUGGGCUUCAGGGGACAGGGGAGUAUGUGAUGGGGGAGUGUGAGGGUUGAUGAUGAAACUGGAAUUACUGGACAGUGGUAGAGGAGACUCUCCUCCCCCACCCCUCUCUCCUAUAGGACAAGGGGGAGCUCAGCUGUGCUCAGUAAUGGGAAGUGCCAUUCUCUGGGGGCUUCAUUCAGAGGCCUCUGUCUGCCUGUCUGAAUGUAGCAUGCCUGCAGAGCAGAGCACAGAGCUCCCCAAUCUCCUCAAGAUGCAACAGUGCAGUGUCAGGCCACAGCAGCCAGCCAAACGCAGACUGGGGGCUCUGCCUCUGCCACACCCUCCUGGGCGACUGGAUGCCUGCUCCUCCUCCCCAUCCUCCCACUGGCUCUCUCUGAGGGUGGAGCCUAGUUUAUUUUUCGCUCAGAGGAAACGCUUGCCCUAGCCUGUAAACAACAUUUCAGGAAUGAGCUCCUCCUGCGACUGGUUGGUGAUGGUGUGUUGUACAUCAUCCCAUGGUGAUGUAAUGCAACUGUUGUUAAAACACAGCUGUCAGCCUACAAGGUCGACAGAUCUGGUUUGGUGUUUUUUCCUGGCUGGGGAAGGCUUACGCUUGAAAUAGACUUGAAGUGUAAAGACUCUUCAGCAGGGCAAGAGCACUUCCCUCACGUGCUGCUUGUGCAGCCAGUGUAGCAUCUCUCAUUGAUCCCAGUGAGACUGUUUCACCAGCACUUGCGCUACGCUUACGUUAUGUGUCUGCUGUAGUUUGGUUGUUAUCCUAUUAUGCUUGUGUGUAUAUUGGCUGUGUCAAAUAGGCUAGCCCUACUUUCAUGUAUUUUUAAUAUAUACAUUUUUAUGAUUGUGUUAUGUUUAUGACAAAUGCUGGGAAAUGGUGAACCCCACCAACCGUACACUAGGGUGUUCUCUUAAUGCUGAAAUAAUGUCAGUCGUUUACACAGACCAAGCAUGUCUGGGCUGCACCUGGUCAAGCAGGGACGAGACCGCCGUCGCAUCGACCUGCAGAGAGAUUUCACCGUGGCCUCCCCCGCCGAGUUCGUCACCCGCUUCGGAGGCAAUAAGGUCAUCGAGAAGGUAAGACCAGGGCUUCUUUAGCUUCUGUGGCCUAGUUUUACCACGUUAUUGACAGAGUAUUUCAGAGACUAGUCCCCCACUCGCAUCUCUUCCUGUCUCAGGUCCUCAUUGCCAACAAUGGCAUCGCGGCGGUUAAGUGCAUGCGCUCCAUCCGCCGCUGGGCUUACGAGAUGUUCCGCAACGAGCGUGCCAUCCGCUUUGUCGUCAUGGUAACCCCCGAGGACCUGAAGGCCAAUGCAGGUGAGCUUUACAUCAAGGUAGCAUCACCACUAGUAACAGCAGAGUAACCGUGUCGCUGUAGUCUACCCAGCCUCUCCUAACUCUGCUUAAUGACCCGUUAAGCAGAGUUAAACAAGCAGACCCUCCAGGCUCCCAGGGAUGGACCAGAGCAGGCUGUCUGUUGGUUUUGUCUUGAACGGCACUGAACAGCCAAGAAUGCCCUAGUUCAGAAGAAAAGGCUCUGUCUGAUGGUGUAGAAAGGCAGUGCAUUCUGAAAGUGCUAUCGUGUGUAAAUAGUUUUGCACUGGUGGUGAGGUUUAGAUGAGAUGAUAGCAAGCCAAUAUUGAGAGACGAAAGAUAAGAUUAAAUGUUGGACUGUUAUACAUGCUAUCUUAUGUGCAGAGCAGACCUAAAUGGUUUUCACUCCACUAUCUUCAACAGAGUACAUAAAGAUGGCCGACCACUAUGUGCCUGUGCCAGGAGGGACCAAUAACAACAACUAUGCCAACGUGGAGCUCAUUCUGGACAUUGCCAAGCGAAUACCUGUGCAGGUACUGCUAGACAUUCAUUUAUUUAGGGCUAGAUUAGACCUUCAUAUAAAUAGUGAUUGAACUUUCUUGUAAUCUGUGUUUGAACUUGUGUUGUUUGUAAUGCUUGUGGUGUCUCCAGGCUGUAUGGGCUGGGUGGGGCCAUGCCUCAGAGAAUCCCAAACUCCCAGAGCUGCUCAUGAAGAAUGGCAUUGCCUUCAUGGGUAAGACUGUGUUUUCAGCUGACUAGUUAUUUCAUCCACACACAGAGCCAUGUAUACUGCUUUUAGUCCCUCUGUCCUGUGCCUGAGUUGGCCUGUAAGAUGUUGUGUUCUGUGCCCACAUCCAGGUCCUCCUAGCCAGGCCAUGUGGGCACUAGGGGACAAAAUCGCCUCAUCCAUCGUGGCUCAGACAGCUGGCAUCCCAACCCUGCCAUGGAGCGGAGCAGGUAUGUCCGUGCACCGUUUAAUACUACUGAUGUCUUAGAAGUAAGUGUGUUGUUAGACUGCUCCCGUGGUGUGUGUGUUAGGCUUGGGCGGUAUACCGUACCGUAUAUCGGGGUAUUUUGAAAUACCCACGGUGCAUAUAUUUAUAUUGAAUAAUUGUUUUCACAAAAAUUAAAUUGAGCCAGUCACAUGGUAUGUUUGUCUCAAAGAGCACACAGAGCAAACAGAAGUUUCGUGAUGUGAUGAACCACUGUUGAGCAGCGCAAGAAAGGUGAUCAAGUUACACUGGAAAUUCACUAGCUACUAAUGUUUGCCAGCUAAAUAUCUUAUAACUAUAAGUUAACUAUCUAAGAUGUGCCAAAUAAAUGUUUUCCAGCUUAGGGCUCCAGCUAUGCAUUUGUUUUGCUAACUUGCUAGCUAUAGGUGGCUAGCUUGCAAGGUCAAGCUUCUUGGUUACAGAAGAGACAAUCAAUCCCCUCCUGGAUGAAGUGUGACUAGAGAUAGUUGAAUAACUUUAUGACUUGGGUUUUCUGUCCUUGCAAUUAGUUUAUGUUCGCUUGCAUUUGUUAGCAUCUAGCUAGCAUCCGCUAUGGGAAUUCUCUAGUACUUUGUUAGCAUUUGUUAGCAUAUUUUUUUGGGGGUGAAAGGAAUAGAGCCCCUUGUGUGCACUGCCGGUAAUACCGAACACACUGGUAUGGAAAUCUGGAUACCGCCCAACCCUAGUGUGUGUGUGUGUGUCUCAGGACUCACAGUAGAGUGGACAGAGAGUGACCAGAAGAAGAGGAUCAUCAACGUUCCACCUGAUCUGUAUGAGCUGGGCUGCAUCCAUGAUGUGGAGGCAGGACUGAAGGCUGCAGAGGUGGUGGGCUACCCUGUGAUGGUGAAGGCCUCAGAGGGAGGUGGAGGAAAGGGCAUCCGCAAAGUCAACUGUGCUGAUGACUUCCCCAACCUCUUCAGACAGGUGAGAAGUCCAGUCUAAUUCCAGUAUCAGUAUAUGGUUAUGAUGGGCUGAAAUACAUGAUCAGUAUGUGUAUAAUUAUCUAAAUGACGUUAUCAGUAUGUGUAUGAUUUUGAUUGACUAACCCCUCAUGCCCCCUCUCCUUGGCUCCUCAGGUCCAGACAGAGGUUCCAGGCUCACCCAUCUUCGUGAUGCAGCUGGCCAAACACGCUCGUCACCUGGAGGUCCAGCUCCUGGCUGACCAGUACGGCAACGCCAUCUCCCUGUUCGGCAGAGACUGCUCCGUACAGCGGCGACACCAGAAGAUCAUCGAGGAGGCGCCUGCCACCAUCGCCGCCUCAGAUGUGUUUGAGGACAUGGAGAGGGUAUGGCACAAUUUUUGCUAUUGGAUGGGGACUUUGCCAUGAGAAGAGCUAUGCCAAUAUGUUGUAAUUUGAGAGAGACUAUGACCAGAGGAACUCGCUGACCUGUGGUUAGGUUGCCGGGUUGUGACAGUCUAUUCCUCACUCCUCAGUGUGCAGUGAAGCUGGCUAAGAUGGUGGGCUACGUCAGUGCUGGCACAGUGGAGUAUCUCUACAGCCAAGAUGGCAGCUUCUACUUCCUAGAACUCAACCCUCGUCUGCAGGUGGAACACCCCUGUACUGAGAUGGUGGCCGACGUCAACCUGCCUGCUGCACAGCUGCAGGUCUGUGUGUGUGUGUGUUUGGUUUUACUAUCCUUGUGGGGACCAGAAGUCUUCAGAAAGAUAGUAAAACAAGGAACAUUUAGACAAGUGGGUAUUUUAGGCUUAGGUGUUAGGUUUAGGGGUCAGGGAAAAUAGGAUUUUGAAUGGGAAUCAAUUGUUUGGUCCCCACAAGGAUAGCAAAACAAACGUGUGUGUGUGUGUGGUGUCCUGCCCUGCUUCUGUUCAGUCUGUGUUGUACAUCUCUGUUGAGUAGGCACACCUCACUGUUCUCGAUAGUGAGUUUUAUUCUGGGCCUCUGUCUCCAUGGUAACUGGCUAGGUUAGAGCGAGCUAAGCUAAUGUGCAGAAACAGGGAAUCCACCCCCCCCCCCCACGUGUCUACUCCGCUGUGUGUAGACAAACUGAUAGAGCUGCUGCUGAAAAAGGCAAGCGUCUGUCUGUGCUGUGAGGGAGGGAUCUGCUCUGUCUGUCAACCUCUCUGCAGCAUAGACACUAUCUAAUCUCACUAGGCAGGAAGGGAAAACAGACAAAACAUGGGAUACAACAGGGCUUGGACUCCUCUCAGUGAGUUACACAAAGGUCCAGGCAGGAAGAGUCCAUAGGAGAAAGUUCAUAACCGUGUUCUAAGUGAGAGAGAAAAUAUCUGUUUCAUUCAAGACACUAUGUUCCUCUAUUUCAGCCAAAUAAAACCCUAGCUACCAUUUAGGAAAUGAAAGGGAAAUUCCCCUUUGAUAAAAUUGUUAAUAAUGAUAAUUUAACUUCUAAACAUUGGACUUUUAUCAUUCUUUUAAAGACCCAUUUGUUUGACCAAAAAUUAUUUCUACAACAGACUAUAACGGUCUUCCUCCUCAGAUUUCCAUGGGGAUCCCCCUACACCGUAUUAAGGACAUCAGAAUGAUGUAUGGGGUCCAGCCCUGGGGAGACUCUAUGAUUGACUUUGAGGGUCUGUCCACGGCCCCCUCCCCACGUGGACACGUCAUCGCUGCCCGCAUCACCAGUGAGAACCCGGAUGAGGGUUUCAAGCCGAGCUCAGGCACGGUGCAGGAGCUGAACUUCCGCAGUAACAAGAAUGUGUGGGGAUACUUCAGUGUGGCAGCGGCCGGAGGCCUGCAUGAGUUUGCAGACUCCCAGUUUGGCCACUGCUUCUCCUGGGGAGAGAACCGAGAAGAGGCCAUCUCGUUAGUACACACACACACACACACACACACACACACACACACACACAUUAGAAAUACUCAUGUAAAGUUCAUUGUGUUUGUAGUCAGUAACACCCAAUGAUGUAUGGUAACACCUCUCGUGUGUGUGUGCGCAGUAACAUGGUGGUGGCCCUGAAGGAGCUGUCUAUCAGAGGAGACUUUAGGACCACAGUGGAGUACCUCAUCAAGCUGCUGGAGACGGAGAGCUUCCAGCACAACACCAUCGACACAGGCUGGCUGGACAGGCUCAUCUCAGAGAAGAUGCAGGCGGAGCGUCCUGACACCAUCCUGGGUAUAGUGAGCGGGGCUCUACACGUGGCUGACGUCAACCUGAGGAACAGUGUCUCCAACUUUCUGCACUCUCUAGAAAGGUGAACGCUACUUUAAGCAUUUAAGAAUGUUACAACUUCAGUCCAGCGAGAAGCUGCAGUGCUCCGGUGACUUUGGGAUUACUAUUGAUUUUGACCCUACACAAUUCUACACACCAUCUCACCCUCCUCUCUUCCCCUCUCCCCCUCUACAGAGGCCAGGUGCUGCCCGCACACACUCUUCUCAACACCGUGGAUGUGGAGUUGAUCUAUGAGGGUACUAAGUAUUGUCUGAAGGUGACACGUCAGUCCCCCAACUCCUAUGUGGUCAUCAUGAACAGCACCUCAGCAGAGGUGGACGUCCAUCGCCUCAGCGACGGGGGCCUGUUGCUCUCCUACGAUGGCAGCAGCUACACCACCUACAUGAAGGAGGAGGUGGACAGGUAGGAUGGAAAGAAAGAAAGAAAGAUUACAUGCAUUCUUUAUUAAAAGGAAUUUUGAGGGGAUUGCUAGGGGUUGAUUUAGAAUUGGGCAAUAGACUGAAAGAGAUUCUUUUUCCCAGGUACCGUAUCACCAUUGGGAAUAAGACGUGUGUGUUUGAAAAGGAGAAUGACCCGUCGCUGCUUCGCUCGCCCUCAGCAGGGAAACUCAUCCAGUACACCGUGGAGGACGGGGGGCACGUGUUCUCUGGCCAGUGUUACGCUGAGAUAGAGGUGUGUAACAUAUGGUUGUAUGGUUGGGAUUUGGUUAUUUAGGUAAGAUAUGGUUUGGCCAACGGCACACACUCCACCUGUUUCAGGUGAUGAAGAUGGUGAUGACGCUGACUGCGCUGGAGUCUGGCUGUAUCCACUAUGUGAAGAGGGCUGGUGCCGUGCUGGAGCCUGGCUGUGUCAUCGCCAAGCUGCAGUUAGAUGAUCCUAGCAGGGUACAACAGGUCAGUGUGGCAGGAUGUGUCUGACACUGGGUAAUUUUAGCAAUAUUUAACUAAAUAUGCUCCUUGUAUUUUGUACUGGAAAUAUGGAUUAGCAAAACUGAAUGUUCCAUGUGAGACUUUAGAAGUAUUUUGUAACGUGCGUGUCUCUCAGGCGGAGCUGCACCACGAGGCUCUGCCCAUCAUCCAGGCGGUGGCGUUGAGAGGAGAGAAGCUUCACAGGGUCUUCCACAGCACCCUGGACCACCUGGUGCACAUCAUGAGUGGCUUCUGCCUGCCUGAACCCUUUUUCAGUGGAAAGGUAGUUGUCCACUACUACUGCACAUACAUACAGUGCCUUGCAAAAGUAUUCAUCCCCCUUGGCGUUUUUCCUAUUUUGUUGCAUUACAACCUGUAAUUUAAAUGGAUUUUUAUUUGGAUUUCAUGUAAUGGACAUACACAAAAUAGUCCAAAUUGGUGAAGUGAAAUGAAAAAAAUAACUUGUUUAAAAAAAUUCUAAAAAAUUAAUAAUGGAAAAGUGGUGCGUGCAUAUGUAUUCACCCCCUUUGCUAUGAAGCCCCUAAAUAAGAUCUGGUGCAACCAAAUACCUUCAGAAGUCACAUAAUUAGUUUUUAAAAAGUCCACCUGUGUGCAAUCUAAGUGUUACUUGAUCUGUCAAAUGAUCUCAGUAUAUAUACACCUGUUCUGAAAGGCUCCAGAGUCUGCAACACCACUAAGCAAGGGGCACCACCAAGCAAGCGGCACCAUGAAGACCAAGGAGCUCUCCAAACAGGUCAGGGACAAAGUUGUGGAGAAGUACAGAGCAGGGUUGGGUUAUAAAAAAAUAUCUGAAACUUUGAACAUCCCACGGAGCAUCAUUAAAUCCAUUAUUAAAAAAUUGAAAGAAUAUGGCAGCACAACAAACCUGCCAAGAGAGGGCCACUCACCAAAACUCACGGACCAGGCAAGGAGGGCAUUAAUCAGAGAGGCAACAAAGAGACCAAAGAUAACCCUGCAGGAGUAUCUGUUCAUAGGACCACUUUAAGCCGUACACUCCACAGAGCUGGGCUUUACGGAAGAGUGGCCAUAAAAAAGCCAUUGCUUAAAGAAAAAAAUAACCAAGCACGUUUGGUGUUCGCCAAAAGGCAUGUGGGAGACUCCCCAAACAUAUGGAAGAAGGUACUCUGGUCAGAUGAGACAAAUUUAGCUUUUUGGCCAUCAAGGAAAACGCUAUGUCUGGCGCAAACCCAACACCUCAUCACCCCGAGAACACCAUCCCCACAGUGAAGCAUGGUGGUGGCAGCAUCACACUGUGGGAAUGUUUUUCAUCGGCAGGGACUGGGAAACUGGUCAGAAUUGAAGGAAUGAUGGAUGGCGCUAAAUACAGGGAAAUUCUUGAGGGAAACCUGUUUCAGUCUUCCAGAGAUUUGAGACUGGGACGGAGGUUCACCUUCCAGCAGGACAAUGACCCUAAGCAUACUGCUAAAGCAACACUUGAGUGGUUUAAGGGGAAACAUUUAAAUGUCUUGGAAUGGCCUAGUCAAAGCCCAGACCUCAAUCCAAUUGAGAAUCUGAAGUAUGACUCAAAGAUUGCUGUACACCAGCGGAACCCAUCCAACUUGAAGGAGCUGGAGCAGUUCUGCCUUGAAGAAUGGGCAAAAAUCCAAGUGGCUAGAUGUGCCAAGCUUAUAGAGACAUACCCCAAGAGACUUGCAGCUGUAAUUGCUGCAAAAGGUGGCUCUACAAAGUAUUGACUUUGGUGGGGUGAAUAGUUAUGCACGCUCAAGUAUUGUUUUUUUUUUCUUAUUUCUUGUUUUUUUUCACCAUAAAAAAAUAUUUUGCAUCUUCAUAGUGGUAGGCAUGUUGUGUAAAUCAAAUGAUACAAACCCCCAAAAAAUCCAUUUUAAUUCCAGGUUGUAAGGCAACAAAAUACGAAAAAUGCCAAGGGGGUGAAUACUUUCGCACGCAUACAUACACACACUCGCAUACGUGCAAAAAUGUAAAAACAAAAGAUGCCAAUAUUCUGUGUUCAAACAUUAAUCCGUAUAAAUUGGUAAUAUUGUGUGUGCGUGUGUUUGUUUUCCCAGCUCAAGGAGUGGGUGGAGAGGCUGAUGAAGACUCUUCGGGACCCCUCCCUGCCGCUGUUGGAGCUACAGGACAUUAUGACCAGUGUGUCAGGCCGGAUCCCCCUCGCUGUAGAGAAAUGCAUCAAGAAGGAGAUGGCCCAGUACGCCAGCAACAUUACCUCUGUGCUCUGCCAGUUUCCUAGCCAGCAGGUACACACACACACACACACACACAUUGUAUUAUUCAGGUUUGUUAUUACAUUAUUUAUGGUUAUAUUAAGUUGUUGAUAUGCAGAGUGCAUUGGGAAUACACCUGACUGAUUUUGCCUGUUCUUUGGUCCAGAUUGCCAACAUCCUGGACAGUCAUGCUGCCACUCUGAACAGGAAGUCGGAGAGAGAGGUGUUCUUCAUGAACACUCAGAGCAUUGUACAGCUGGUGCAGAAGUGAGUCCUGCUCUCAGCUUCAGGAAUUUUAAUAGCUGAUUCUCUGUGCCAGACCAUGCCCAUGUUGUCUUUGUACCCAGGUACCGCAGUGGCAUCCGUGGUCACAUGAAGGCUGUGGUGAUGGACCUGCUCAGACAGUACCUUAAAGUAGAGGUCCAGUUCCAGAAUGGUGAGGAACAUUACACUCUACUGCGAACAUUAACAGGCUAUGUUAAGCAAUGAGUGUUCCUGGGUUGGUAUAGAGGAAAAGGAAAGGAUUAGCCUUUGCUUUUUAGUCUUGUAGGUCUUUGAUUUAUAAAUAGGAUGCAAAGGUCUUCUCUCAGGACUGCAGUUGCUCUAUUUGUCCACGUGAGGGCACUGUUAGACAACACACAUUUCAUUUGCGCCUUACUUUGAGUUCUGUUUGAUUUUCCUUUUCCUCUGCAUCCUGUAUACUGUGUGUGUGUGUGUGUGUGUGUGAUUCCAGGACACUACGACAAGUGUGUGUUCACACUGCGUGAGGAGAACAAGGGAGACAUGGCCAACGUGUUAAACUACAUCUUCUCGCACGCCCAGGUCACCAAGAAGAACCUCCUGGUCACCAUGCUCAUUGUAAGUCCUUCCCUCUUUAUGAAUAUAUUGGUCAUGAUUAAUUCAUAAGUGUGUUUGUGAGACACAGAGUUGACUGUGUGUGUUGUCCUGUCUGUUUAAGACCAGAGUUGUGUGUGUGUUGUAGGACCAGCUGUGUGGCCGUGACCCCACCCUGACUGACGAGCUGAUGGCCAUUCUGACAGAGCUCACCCAGCUCAGCAAGACCACCAACGCCAAGGUGGCACUGCGCGCCCGCCAGGUCAGCACUCAUCACUUCCUGUCUCUGAAGGGGGUCUUCCUGUUUUUGUGAUUGAUCAGGGUAAGAGUUGUCAUCUUCUCACUCCCCUCUGUUUCCCCCUCCUCAGGUGCUGAUCGCCUCCCACCUCCCCUCCUACGAGCUCCGCCACAACCAGGUGGAGUCAAUCUUCCUCUCUGCCAUCGACAUGUACGGACACCAGUUCUGCAUUGAGAACCUGCAGGUAGGGACAAUGGCAGUUGUUGACUUUUUAUUGACAUUGCUGAAGGCAGUGGAUUGAGGAUCCUUGUUACUUUUUCACAGCAUUUUCAAGAUUCUGAAUUCUCUCUCGUUCUUUGUAGAAACUGAUCCUGUCCGAGACGUCCAUCUUUGAUGUGCUGCCCAACUUCUUCUACCACAGUAACCAGGUGGUCCGGAUGGCUGCUCUGGAGGUGAGAGGAAGCAGACCGUGGUUUUUGGAUUCAAAGCCACCAUAGCUGGUUGCCCAGGGAAUUUAACUGUAUUUGCCACUGAACUAAGAGUGACAUUUCAGGGGAUUAAAGGUAACGAUCCUCCACUGUAGCCAGAUCUCUACUGUCUUAACUCUCUUGUGUCUGUGUUCCCCAUCCCAGGUGUAUGUACGUAGAGCCUACAUCGCCUACGAGCUCAACAGCGUCCAGCACAGACAGCUGAAGGACAACACCUGCAUCGUAGAGUUCCAGUUCAUGCUGCCUACCUCCCACCCCAACAGGUACACACACACACACCAGAUGGUUCUAUAUGGGACGUGGUUCUAUAUGGGAGGUGGUUCUACAGUGCAUUCGAAAAGUAUUCAGACCCCUUCACUUUUUCCACAUUUUGUUACAUUACAGCCUUUUUCUAAAAUGGAUUAAAUUAAUUGUUUUCCUCAUCAAUCUACACACUACCCCAUAAUGACAAAGCGAAAACAGGUUUUUAGACAUUUUUGCAAAUGUAAAUUAAAAACAGAAAUGCCUUUAUUUACAUAGGUAUUCAGACCCUUUGGUAUGAGACUUGAAAUUGAGCUCCGGUGCAUGCUGUUUCCAUUGAUCAUCCUUGAGAUGUUUCUACAACUUGAUUGGAGUCCACCUGGGGUAAAUUCAAUUGAUUGGACAUGAUUUGGAAAGGCACACACCUGUCUAUAUAAGAUCCCACAGUUGACAGUGCAUGUCAGAGCAAAAACCAAGCCAUGAGGUCGAAGGAAUUGUCCGUAGAACUCCAAGACAGGAUUGUGUUGAGGCACAGAUCUGGGGAAGUGACCCCAAAAAUGUCUGCAGCACUGAAGGUCCCCAAGAACACAGUGGCCUCCAUCAUUCUUAAAUUGAAGAAGUUUGGAACCACCAAGACUCUUCCUAGAGCUGGCCACCCGGCCAAAUUGAGCAAUCGGGGGAGAAGGGCCUUGGUCAGGGAGGUGACCAAGAACCCGAUGGUCACUCUGACAGCGCUCUGGAGUUUCUCUGUGGAGAUAGGAGUACCUUCCAGAAGGACAACCAUUUCUGCAGCACUCCACCAAUCAGGCCUUUAUGGUAGCGUGGCCAGACGGAAGCCACUCCUCAGUAAAAGGCACAUGACAGCCCGCUUGGAGUUUGCCAAAAGGCACCUAAAGGACUCUCAGACCAUGAGAAACAAGAUUUUCUGGUCUGAUGAAACCAAGAUUGAACUCUUUGGCCUGAAUGCCAAGCGUCAAGUCUGGAGGAAACCUGGCACCAUCACUAUGGUGAAGCGUGGUGGCAGCAUUAUGCUGUGGGCAUGUUUUUCAGAGGCAGGGACUGGGAGACUAGUCAGGAUCGAGGGAAAGAUAAACGGAGCAAAGUACAGAGAUCCUUGAUGAAAACCUGCUCCAGAGCUCUCAGGACCUCGGACUGGGGCGACGGUUCACCUUCCAACAGGACAACGACCGUAAGCACACAGCCAAGACAACGCAGGAGUGGCUUCGGGACAAGUCUCUGAAUGUCCUUGAGUGGCCCAGCCAGAGCCCGGACUUGAACCUGAUCAAACAUCUCUGGAGAGACCUGAAAAUAGUUGUGCAGCGACGCUCCCCAUCCAACCUGACAGAGUUUGAGAGGAUCUGCAGAGAAGAAUGUGAGAAACUCCCCAAAUACAGGUGUGCCAUGCUUGUAGCGUCAUACCCAAGAAGAAUCAAAGCUGUAAUCGCUGCUAAAGGUGCUUCAACAAAGUACUGAGUAAAGGGUCUGAAUACUUAUGUAAAUGUGAUAUUUCAGUUUUGUAUUUUUAAUACAUUUUCAAAAAUGUCUAAACCUGUUUUUGCUUUGUCAUUAUGGGGUAUUGUGUGUAGAUUGAGGGGGGGAAAAACAAUUUAAUCAAUUUUUGGAAUAAGGCUGUAACGUAACAAAAUGUGGAAAUAGUGAAGGGGUCUGAAUACUUUCCGAAUGCACUGUAUAUGGGAGGUGGUUCUAUAUGGGAGAUGAGCACUAAAAGAGACCAGAGUCUGUAUAAGGAGAGUACUGUCUUUCACCAUCUCCAGAAGGGUCCAGUUCUCAUCUAUGGUGCCUUGCUUCUUUUACCCACAUUCCACUGUGUUCAACCCCUGAAAAACGCUCCUCAUGUGCAAAAGCAAGUAUUUUGUGAGAGCUCAAAUACUUUCUCUGGUUUACAAAGAAUGUGUGAGUGGAAACUGUAACUAGUCUCCUGUCAGCAUAAGAGUCCCACUUUUGUUGAUCUCUCCAGUCUGUCCACUGGAUGACUGCAAGAUUGUUUAAACUUUCUGAAGAUAUGUCUCACAUCUAUUUCAGUGACACACAACCAGAGAGACUCAGGACUUGUACUGUACAUUUUCGACGUUUGUGUCGACUGCCUGUUAUGGAUCCCAGAUACAUACCCAUGUUCUGUGUGUAAUGUUGUGGAUGAUGAUCUCUUUGCUUCUUGCUGCUGUGCCCAUGUACAAUUUGAUAUGGCUGAUAUAUAACUGUUUGAUCCAGUGUGUUGAUCCCUCAGACAUGAGAUGCUGUAACCAUCUCUCAUUGACUGCUGUGCUCAGAUUGUUGCAUGCACCUGGUUUAACCUUUUAAAAAUGUUUAAGCCAUUUGCAUUAACCAACCAUGAUUGGCUUCCUCAUUGGAACUAAGCUUGCUGCAUACAUGCAUGUCUCCCACCUCAGGAAUGAACCAAUACUCUCUGACCAAAGAAUAGGCCUCUAGGGAGGCUUAGGACUAUUGUUGCAUUUCUGGAGGAUCAGUUGUAGAGUGCAAUGUGUGUGUUUAUGAGACAAUAUAUUUGAUGUAUGACAGUGCCCUAGAGUGUCACAUUGAUGUCUUGUUAUAAAAGGGACAGGCUCUGACACCGCUGAACAUCCAGCCCAUGUGCUGUCACUUGUAAUACAUUGUUAGUUCAUGAAGCCCUUGAGAAGUCAACAAUAAGGCCUACCUUAUGAUAAAGAUUGUUAUAAUAUGUUAGGUUGUCAGGGGUAACACCAUGUUCAAAAUGUACCAUAUGACACGCUAACCAAAUCCAUAACACGUAGUCUCACACUUGUAUGAUUCACACACACUUCUCUGAGCCCUGACUGCAUCCUCCUACUGAUGCCUGCCUGCCUAACUAACCAAUCAGUGUUGUUUGAUUGCAGAGGGAACAUCCCAACUCUAAACAGGUAUAGUACACAUUCUUCUUAUUGCAACCAAUAUGUAGAACUUAGUGGAGGCUGAUGGGAGGAGCUGUAGGAGGGCGGGCUCAUUAUAAUGGCUGGAAUUGAAACAGUGGAACAGUAUCAAACAUAUGGAAACCACGUUUGACUCCAUUCCAUUUAUUAUAUUCCAGCUAUUACAAUGAGCCCGUCCUCUAUAGCUCCUCCCACCAGCCUCAUCUGGUAGACCUGUAGAAGCUCUAGACUAGAAAGCAGCAUGGUCAAACAAUCAUCUGCAGAGAAAUGUGGCUGAAAGCCGUAAUGCCUGCAACAUUUAGAAUUUAAUCAAAUUGUAAUUUCACGAUCUACACUAAACAAAAAUAUAAAUGCAACAUGUAAAGUGUUGCUCCCAUGUUUCAUGAGCUGAAAUAAAAGAGCACUGAUAUUUCCCAUACACACAAAAAGCUUAUUUCUCUCCAAUUUUGUGCACAAAUUUGUUUACAUCCUUGUAUGAACUGUAACUUAGUAAAGUCUUUGAAGUUGAUGCAUGUUGCGUUUUAUUUUUCUUCUCUCUCUCUCAUAUAUAUAUAUAUAUAUACAGUACCAGUCAAAAGUUUGGACACACCUACUCAUUCCAGGGUUUUUCUUUAUUUUUACUACAUUGUAAAAUAAUAGUGAAGACAUCAAAACUAUGAAAAAACACAUUGAAUCAUGUUGUACCAACAAAGUGUUAAACAAAUCAAAAUAUAUUUUAUAUUUGAGAUUCUUCAAAGUAGCCACCCUUUGCCUUGAUGACAGCUUUGUACACUCUUGGCAUUCUCUCAACCAGCUUCAUGAGGUAGUCACCUGGAAUGCAUUUCAAUUAACAGGUGUGCCUUGUUAAAAGUGAAUUUGUGGAACUUCUUUACUUCUUAAUGUGUUUGAGCCAAUCAGUUGUGCUGUGAUAAAGUAGGGGUGGUAUACAGAAGAUAGCCCUAUUUGGUAAAAGACCAAUGUCCAUAUUAUGGCAAUAACAGCUCAAAUAAGAAAAGAGAAACGACAGUCCAUCAUUACUUUAAGACAUGGUCAGUCAAUCCGUAAAAUGUCAAGAACGUUCUUCAAGACUGUUGGAAAGCAUUGCCAGCGGUUUAGACAUUAAUGGCUGUGUGAGUUAUUUUGAGGGGACAGCAAAUGUACACUGUUAUACAAGCUGUACACUCACUACUUUACAUUGUAGCAAAGUGUAAUUUCUUCAGUGUUGUCACAUGAAAAGAUAUACUCAAAUAUUUACAAAAAUGUGAGGGGUGUACUCACUUUUGUGAGAUACUGUAUAUAUGUGUGUGUGUAUAUAUAUGUGUUAUAUAUAUAUAUAUAUACUGCUCAAAAAAAUAAAGGGAACACUUAAACAACACAAUGUAACUCCAAGUCAAUCACACUUCUGUGAUAUCAAACUGUCCACUUAGGAAGCAACACUGAUUGACAAUAAAUGUCACAUGCUGUUGUGCAAAUGGAAUAGACAACAGGUGGAAAUUAUAGGCAAUUAGCAAGACACCCCCAAUAAAGGACUGGUUUUGCAGGUGGUGACCACAGACCACUUCUCAGUUCCUAUGCUUCCUGGCUGAUGUUUUGGUCACUUUUGAAUGCUGGCGGUGCUUUCACUCUAGUGGUAGCAUGAAACGGAGUCUACAAUCCACACAAGUGGCUCAGAUAGUGCAGCUCAUCCAGGAUGGCACAUCAAUGCGAGCUGUGGCAAGACGGUUUUCUGUGUCUGUCAGCGUAGUGUCCAGAGCAUGGAGGCGCUACCAGGAGACAGGCCAGUACAUCAGGAGACGUGGAGGAGGCCGUAGGAGGGCAACAACCCAGCAGCAGGACUGCUACCUCCGCCUUUGUGCAAGGAGGAGCAGGAGGAGCACUGCCAGAGCCCUGCAAAAUGACCUCCAGCAGGCCACAAAUGUGCAUGUGUCUGCUCAAACGGUCAGAAACAGACUCCAUGAGGGUGGUAUGAGGGCCCGACGUCCACAGGUGGGGGUUGUGCUUACAGCCCAACACCGUGCAGGACGUUUGGCAUUUGCCAGAGAACACCAAGAUUGGCAAAUUCGCCACUGGCGCCCUGUGCUCUUCACAGAUGAAAGCAGGUUCACACUGAGCACGUGACAGAGUCUGGAGACGCCAUGGAGAACGUUCUGCUGCCUGCAACAUCCUCCAGCAUGACCGGUUUGGCGGUGGGUCAGUCAUGGUGUGGGGUGGCAUUUCUUUGGGGGGCCGCACAGCCCUCCAUGUGGUAGCCUGACUGCCAUUAGGUACCGAGAUGAGAUCCUCAGACCCCUUGUGAGACCAUAUGCUGGUGCGGUUGGCCCUGGGUUCCUCCUAAUGCAAGACAAUGCUAGACCUCAUGUGGCUGGAGUGUGUCAGCAGUUCCUGCAAGAGGAAGGCAUUGAUGCUGUGGACUGGCCUGCCCGUUCCCCAGACCUGAAUCCAAUUGAGCACAUCUGGGACAUCAUGUCUCGCUCCAUCCACCAACGCCACUUUGCACCACAGACUGUCCAGGAGUUGGCGGAUGCUUUAGUCCAGGUCUGGGAGGAGAUCCCUCAGGAGACCAUCCGCCACCUCAUCAGGAGCAUGCCCAGGCGUUGUAGGGAGGUCAUACAGGCACGUGGAGGCCACACACACUACUGAGCCUCAUUUUGACUUGUUUUAAGGACAUUACAUCAAAGUUGGAUCAGCCUGUAGUGUGGUUUUCCACUUUAAUUUUGAGGGUGACUUCAAAUCCAGACCUCCAUGGGUUGAUAAAUUUGAUUUCCAUUGAUAAUUUUUGUGUGAUUUUGUUGUCAGCACAUUCAACUAUGUAAAGAAAAAAGUAUUUAAUAAGAUUAUUUCAUUCAUUCAGAUCUAGGAUGUGUUAUUUUAGUGUUCCCUUAAUUUUUUUGAGCAGUGUGUGUACGUGUGUGUGUGUGUGUGUGUGUGUAUGUGUGUAUAUAUAUAUAUAUAUAUAUAUAUAUAUAUAUAUAUAUAUAUAUAUAUAUAUAUAUAUAUAUAUAUAUAUAUAUAUAUAUAUAUAUAUAUAUAUAUAUAUAUACACACACACAUAUAUACAUAUAUUAGUGCAUCUUGUGGCAAGACAAGAUAACGUUUGGCAUUAUUUAAAUGUUUGGCUAUACUGCUUGUUCUGUGUUACAAAUUAUCCCAAAAAUGUAUCAGAUUUUUACAAUUGGAGCUGAAUCUGGUUGAUCAUGGGUCGUUUAUGAAGUCAAUGGCAACAGCAUGGCAUAAUGCAGCAUACUGGGAAGACAAAGAGUCUCUGUCUAUUUCUGUGGGUUGUAUUGUAGGUGUGUAUGUACUGUAUGCUAUAUUGUCUGUAUACAAAGCAUGGAUCUUGUUCCGGUGAGAAAUGGGGAGUCAAAAGAUGUUGUAGGCUACAUAUACAUUAACUGUGUAAUAUUCUGUAACAGAAUGUUAUCAAAUAUUGCUGAGUGAGAUCAGAUGUCCUGUUUCGCGUUGUGCUAGCUAUGUUCUGAAUGUGCUUCCUGCUGCUGUCCUGUCCUCUCAGGAAACUGGCUGCCCCUGCAUCUUCUUAAGCCUGUGUCUGUGGACAGUAAAAUACAGGACACUAAAGCACAGGAUGAUAAAACAAAGGAUGAUGCUAAAACGGAGGAGAAUAAACCUCCAGAUACGGAUGACUCUUUGGACAGGUUGGGCCCAAUAGCAGCCUCUAGGCUAUAUAUCAUAUCAUUCUGUGAGCUAACUUCUGGGCCUAACCUCGCUAAAAGGGGACUUGGCCUCUGUGUGGAGGGGAGGGAAGGACCUCUGAAUACUAAAAGCACCUAGAAGAAUUUGAGGUCUUUCUACUAUGUUUGGCUGAGGGAUAAUCUACUAUGCUUCCAUGUCCACUAACAUUUAUACAGAUGUGCUCUUCUUUCACUUAAUCUACCUCUUAGCAUUUGAACACUGCUGCUGUGUUGUUCCAUGAGUAUUACAUCCAGAUCUAGAAGAGGCAUAUAUGGUUCUUAUAUUCAGAUCCUCAUUCACUGUUCUGUGAGAACACUGCUAUAUUAGUGUUAGAAUGGAAGUGAAUGAGGAGUCACAAUGUUCCUUCUGUCCCAGCAGCUUAUCACAGAGAUAAUAAAUACUGCUGUGUGAUAGAACUGGCUGGUGGGGGGCUCUUAAAGGUGACUCUCCUUUGGGCCAUAAAUGGGCUCUUCCCUGAUCCGUGCUCUGGGUUAGUGAAUGUGUUUGCUGCAGGACCCUGGUCAAACGGCUGUCUGUGUUGUGAUCCCAGGAUGACGUUCUCGUCCAACCUGAACCACUACGGCAUGGUGCACGUGGGCAGCGUGAGUGACGUCCUCCUGGACACCUCCUUCACCCCACCCUGCCAGCGCAUGGGAGCCAUGGUCUCCUUCCGCUCCUUCCAGGAGUUCACCAGGUGAGGGCUGGGCUCUUUGACCUUAUCAAAAUCAUUACAUUAUAAUGUUGUUAUUAUCCCACGUUGGGAAAUGGCGUUAUUGAAUUGGAGCUGUAAUACUGAGAUAUUACCUUAAGUGUGUGUGGUGUCUAACCGUGGUCCUUUCCUCUCCCUCAGGAACAUUAAAGACGUGAUGAGCUGCUUCUCUGACUCUCCUCCUCACAGCCCUACCUUCCCAGAGGGAGGGAACCCUGUGCUCUAUGGAGAGGAAGACAUCAAGGUCAGAACUGUCUGCUAGUACUGAUUCUGAGGUGUAUUGCAACACUAGAGAGUAUUGUGACUGAGAGAGCCCUUUGUUUAAUGCUACAAAGUAGAAUGACCUUGCUAUUCUUCACUUAGUCGCAAUAUUCACAACUGAAAUUAUUGGCACCCUUGAUAAAGAUGCGCAAAAAGACUGUAUAAAAUAAAUAGUACAAAUACUGAGUUAUAUUGGAUGCAAAAAUUUGGAGUAAAACUAUUUUAUAUUCAUACAAUUGCUCAGAGAAAAAUAUUUUGUUUAACAAGUAAUCUUAUUUUUUUUCAAAAAGAUAGGGGUCAAAAUUAUUGCCACCCCUGUUUUCAAUACUCCGGCACCCUCCCCUUGCGAGGAUAAUGGGACUGAGCCUUUUUCUCAAAUGUUUUAUGAGAUUGGAGAACACACUGGGAGGGAUCUGACUUAGAUCAUUUCUCCAUUCAGAAUCCACAAAGAAAUCUCAGUCUCCGGACUUGAACCCCAUUGAAAACCUGUGGUUUGAAUUGAAGAGGGCAGUCCAUAAGCGCAGACUAAGGAUAUCAAGGAUCUGGAAAGAUUCUGUAUGGAGGAAUGGCCUAAGAUCCCUCCCAAUGUGUUCUCCAAUCUCAUAAAACAUUUUAGAAAGUCUCAGUCCCAAAAAUGUUGACCCCUGUCUUUUUUAGAGAAAAAAAGUAUUACUUGUUAAACAAAAUCUCUUUGUCGGAGCAAUUGUAUUAGUAUAAAAUAAUAUAAUUUCCCCCCCAAAAAAUGCACAUACAAUAUAGCGCAAUAUUUGUAUUGUUUAUUUUAUAUCAUAUUUUUUGUUUAUCUUUGGUCGCGUCCCCCUGCUCAAGCGUUGCAUGCAUCAACCAUUGGUUGCAUGCCAUGUCAUCGACUGUGUCAUCGACUGACGGAUUGCUAUAACAUAUGAUGUGGUUAGCUGAUACAUAAAAUACCUAUCAAGGCAUUGUAAGAUCUGGCAGGUGUCAGCAGUGCCUAGGCAGAGGAACGCGGCAAAUAUCAAGGGUGCCAAUAAGAUUGGUUGUGACUGUACUUUCUCUCUGAAUUGUAUGACUGAUGUUUGUCUGCAUGUGUUUGUGACGCAGAGUAUCCAAGAUGAGCCUGUUCACAUCCUCAAUGUGGCCAUUAAGACUGACAGUGACAUCGAUGACGACGGCCUUGCUGCCAUGUUCCGGGAGUUCACCCAGUCAGAGGUCAGAUGAGCUUUUCAGGAAGUACAACUGGACACGUUUACAUUUUAGUCAUUUAGCAGACACUGUUAUCCAGAGCGAUUUACAGGAGCAAUUAGGGUUAAGUGCCUUGCUCAAGGGCACAUACAAAUAUAUUACCUAGUCGGCUCGGGGAUUCGAACCAGUGACCUUUCGGUUACUGGCCCAAUGAUCUUAACCACUAGGCUACCUGCCUCCCGGUCGCUCACACAUUCUCUUCCUGUUUCUUCAUCCCCCAGAAAUCCCUGCUGUUUGAACAUGGCAUCCGCAGGCUAACCUUCCUGGUAGCUCAGAAGGUGAGGACUAAGAUUCCCACUCCCCUACUCUACCCUCAGUUUUCUAAGCAACUAUUUUCCAAUCACCAUCAAUCUAUCUUAUCUUAAUCACAAUGAUACUGGUUGAAUCUACAGACAUCCAGACGGCACGAGAGAGUCACACGUUUAAUUUGGAAUGGCCUGUAAUUUGACUAAUUUGUAUCUCAAAUUUGGCUGUUUUGUUUGCUCUCGAUCUCUUCUAUCUUUUUUUCCCUCUCUGUGUCCAUGUCUUGCCUUUGCUGUGGGGUUUGUGCUGACAGGAUUUCAGGAAGGCAGUCAACUAUGAGGUGGACCAGAGGUUUCAUGUGAGUAGACUGGGAGGAUGUGGAUGAUGACUGCGGAACAGUACAGUUUGUCUUCCUGUAUCGUCAACUCUCCCUUAAGCACUCCAAGUAGCUUUUAGAUGGAUUCAGGGAGAUAAUGACAGCAUUUGAGACUAAAGAAAUGUGGGUAAAUGCCAGGUUCCCUUCUCUCUCCCCGCAUCGUGACUGCAGGCCUUUGACUCGGUCGUCACUAGUUAAAACAGCCACAAAGUCAUAAUAAUGGCUAAACCCCACCCAUUUCUACAUUUUCUCUUGUUAAAAUCUGAUUUUAAACCUAACCUUAACCUCACUGCUAACCUUAUGCCUAACCCUAACUUUAAAUUAAGACCAAAAAGCAAAUUUGUGUAGCCAAUUUGGACCUUGUAGCUGUGGAAUCUGACUUUGUGUCUGUGUUCUCUAGUGGAAACCCUUUAAGAGAAGAACGGGUGCUGAUGAGAGCUAAUCCCUGCCGUUGGUGUGGCCCUCCUCGUUAUGUGGGUUUGUGUCUCAUACAGGAGACACAUACUCAGUUCCUCUGAAUAGCCUACCCUCUUCACAGACUACACUGACCAGUGUAUUCACACAUAUUAAAUCCUGUAUUCUCUGUUAUAGAGAGAAUAGGGGAUGUGAUGUACUAACAUCAUUGUGUUGUUGUCAAGUCAGUCCUGUAUACAGGCUUGUAGUGGGCAUACUAGAACACAGCUCUCUGACAGCUCUCUUGUCAUCAUGUACACAUUGAGUUGAUGAGUGUGUUUGCAAUUAGGCCAGUAUUGUUUGGCCAAGUGGGGUACGAUCACCAAAGCCAAACCUGCCAACCAGGCUUCUAGCUUGAGCAUUCAGAAAUACAAAUCACUCCCUGUUGGAAAGAUAAUGUUUUAUUCAUUAGUUCAGAUGUGACUGCUCCCUGUCAUUAUGUAAAAAGGACGUUUUGGGAAGAUAAACUGUAAUUUCACCCUCGGACACCAGGCCAAAUAGGACGAGAUCAGGGCUGUUGAAUGUUAAACAGGCUGUGGCUGAUCAAAGACUGAUGCCAUAGUGUUCCUCUUCAAGCUCACAGCAAUUCACAUGAUAGCGCUCAUCACAGCUCAUUAAGGGAGAAAUGUAGAACCUUAGAAGGAAAUGUACCUGCUUACUCUUGUUAGAAUGUCACUGUCAUUUUCACCUGCAGUCAUUGGGUUCUCUAGAUGUCAUGUCUAUUUUUAGUCUAGAUGGUUCUGUAACUUUAGGGUGUUUUCAAACUUGGUCCCUUUCAGACGUUUUUUUUUUUUACUCAGUGCGGUUCACUUAAUUUUUUGUGGUGUGUACAAUCCAAAGGAACUCAGACCCCUCAAAAGAGCCCCCUGACGCGAACCGAACGGAGAGUGAGGGUGUUUUCACAUAUAGUCCUCUUGAAAAUAACCGAUCUCAUUCCUCUUUAAAGUGAACUCUGGGGUAAAAAAAAACAGCAAAAUAAAUGUUAUCUUUGUAUUUACACUGCCCUUGCCUUUGAAUGAGGACUCAACUCUUUUGCCAGUUCAUUUUACCUGUUUUGUGGUCCGAGUCCUCUUUGCAUUCACAUUGCUACGUUUAGAAAGGAACAAAGAUCUUUUUCCAACAUUCACUCAAUGCACUCUGGGUUUUUACAAUGUGCAGGAAAAACCAUUCCAUCAGAAUGUGUUAUCAGACAGCUAGAUAUACCUACUUACAUUUUGGAAGCAAAUUCUGGAAGCUUUUAGCUGCAUUUAGUUAAAAGAUGAGACAUAAUACUUUUAAUCAGAAGAUACUAUUAACAUGUAAAUAUUAUUGGUAACAGAAUAAAUAGCAGAAGAAUAACUGCAGAUUAAAUAAUGCUCUAAUUGACAAUUGUACACCCAAUGUAGGCUACUGCCCCUUUAAGAACUAGAAUUGAUUUUGUACCCUAUGUUGUGAUUCUCACCAAAUAUGUUCUCACACUAUUCAAACCCCACAAGCGAAUAAACAGCUUAUGAAGCUCUCUUAGCCUAUAGAUCACAUAUUGCAAAAAAAUAGUCUGAACUAAAAACUCCACAGAUUUUGGAAUUUCUGUGCAUCCUUAACAAUCGCUAAUCAAUAUCACAAAAAAAAACAGCAGGUUUUUUUUCUGCGAACCUGCACAGCAUCAUCUUCUCUCUUUUGUGGCACCAAUGUGAGGGGUUAUGGCAGGGGAAACGGUGCUGUGGUAGUCUAGUGUGAGGGGUUAUGGCAGGGGAAACGGUGUUGUGGUAGUCUAGUGUGAGGGGUUAUGGCAGGGGAAACGGUGCUGCGGUAGUCUAGUGUGAGGGGUUUUGGCAGGGGAAACGGUGCUGCGGUAGUCUAGUGUGAGGGGUUAUGGCAGGGGAAACGGUGCUGCGGUAGUCUAGUGUGAGGGGUUAUGGCAGGGGAAACGGUGUUGUGGUAGUCUAGUGUGAAGGGUUAUGGCAGGGGAAACGGUGCUGCGGUAGUCUAGUGUGUGGUGUGGGAAUAAUGACAAGCGAACCCUAAAAAAGGGAACUGGACCAAGGAUUUCAAGCGAACCGAACUCAGACCACCUCUCGAUGGUCUCAGUUCGGUUCACUUCGGGGGCUCUUUCGAGGGGUCAGAGUUCCAUUGGAUUGUUCCCACUGGACAAAAAAUUAAGCAAACCACACUGAGUUCACAAAAAUUGGCUGAAAGGGACCAAGUGUGAAAACACUAAAGAGGACUAUAUGUGAAAACACCCUUAGUUGCAGCAUAGCAGGGAUCCUUGAAUUCCUGGACUCAAAGCCCUAACUCUCAUUCUUAGCCUGUAUUAACCAGUAGAACUGGUAGGUUGACAACGCGUGUUCUUCACAACAUGUGAAUCUGUUUGUGUAACUGUACUCUCUCCUCACCUGUCUGUCUCUCACACAGAGAGAGUUCCCCAAGUUCUUCACCUUCCGGUCCAGAGACAAGGUGAGUGUCUUCACACGGUCUGUCAAUAUGAACACUGGCUUUAUGGGCUACCAUAAAAUAAUUUGGGAAUAGUCUGCUCAGUGGUCAACAAAUGGGUUGAAUCCAUCCCAAAAAUAUAAGGGGAUUCAUAUUUGAAGUGCAAACACACAGACUGAAUAUAAUACUGAGAUGAAAGAUGAGCCCAAAUCGCCACGUUUCUCAAUGUGUAGACUAGAGUUACAGUGGAAGAGCUAAGCCAGUUUCAACUAGGCAAGUGUCAAUUUCACAUGAUGGCUACAAUUGAGGUGAGGCAAUUUGAAUGAGAUGGUUGCAGAAGUACCUUCCUGCUGUCCUUGCUCAUCCCUUCGUUGGCACUGAAAGGCUCUCCAUCAUGAUCAAUGAUGGCUCAUCCCCUGCCUAAGCCCCUGAUAGUCUCACUACAAUGGCACCACCAAAACUCAUUACCGUAACAAACUAUUUAAUGAUGUCCCCAUUUAAGAGAAAUUACACCCAUUAGCAGGCUGAGAUUGCCUUUGAUUUAAUUUACUUAAUGCAGUGUAUGGCUGGCGGGCACCCUCUACUCUUAUACAAACCCAAUGCUCCUGAAACAGCCAAUUUCCCCUUCUUCUGCCCCUAUUAAUAUUGGGGAUGAUGGUAGGGCAGCCUAACUGGUAAAGUCAUUUCUAGGCCUUGAGGAAAGAUCAUUCCCAUCCCUUGAACCCUCAAUUGGUUGGUGUGACAGUAUCUUGCUGUGGAUGGCUGUGUCCUGCUGUCUGUGACUGUGUCUUCUUGUGUGACUGCCUUGCUGUGUAACUGACUGUCCCCCUGCGUCUCCAGUUUGAGGAGGAUAGGAUCUACCGUCACUUGGAGCCUGCGCUGGCCUUCCAGCUGGAGCUGAACCGCAUGCGUAACUUUGCCCUGACUGCCAUCCCCUGUGCCAACCACAAGAUGCACCUAUAUCUAGGCGCUGCCCGCGUGGAGGUGGGCACAGAGGUCACAGACUACCGCUUCUUUGUCCGGGCCAUCAUCCGUCACUCAGACCUGGUCACCAAGGUGAGAGCAAUAAUGACACAAUGCUUACAUGCCACUUUGUGUGUGUGUUUUGAUUGUUACACCCCCCUCUGACCUCUGCUCCUGUCCUGUGUCUUAUCUCCAGGAGGCGUCUUUUGAGUACCUCCACAACGAGGCAGAGCGUCUGCUGUUGGAGGCCAUGGACGAGCUGGAGGUGGCCUUCAACAACACCACCGUACGCACCGACUGCAACCACAUCUUCCUCAACUUUGUCCCCACCGUCAUCAUGGACCCCUCCAAGGUCAGUGGCAGCACACCCAAGACCUGUACAUACACUGUGUUCACACAUGUACAUUGUUUGUACAUGUUUGUACACUGUACAUUUAGUGAUGUGUUUUGGUAUUGUAUUGUUUAUUACGAACUUCUCUCUAUGUAACCAUGUUCAGAUUGAGGAGUCAGUGCGCUCCAUGGUGAUGCGUUACGGCAGUAGGCUGUGGAAGCUCCGGGUCCUCCAGGCUGAGCUAAAGAUCAACAUCCGGCUGACGCCCACAGGCAAACAGAUCCCCAUCCGCCUUUUCCUCACCAACGAGUCAGGCUACUACCUGGACAUCAGCCUGUACAAGGAGGUCACUGACUCCCGUACGGGACAAUUGGGGCCCAAAGAUCGACAGGUGGGGCACUCGCACGUCACUCAUCCCUCACGCCCGACACUCCCAUCCAAUCACAGGCAGGGGAAGCAGCUUCAUACAGAAUCUUCAGCUCCCAGAAUGCACCUUAAUGGGCCACUCUUGGUUCUUGCUCAAGUAUUUUCAAGUUUAGUUAAGAAAUAAAUGACAUGCCAACUGUGGAUCAGUCAGUCUACUGUGUAAAGUGGAGCUGAGGGUUCUGUAAGUGGUCUGGCCAGCCUCUAGCCUGUUGGACAAGACUAACAGUGAUCAUUAUAUUUUUAUUUUAUAUAGGAGAACAGGUAAGUUAGAGUCAUCUAUAUGUCAUCCCAUUCCAUUGCAAUACCAGGGGAAAUGACCCAUAAAUCAAACAGUCAUUGGCAGAGAGCAUAUGCAGCAGCUUAGAGUGGUUAAGAAAAAUAAUGCCCCCACUACUACAGUGUGUGAACCAUAGUUGAGUGAGAAAUAAUGAAAUGUAACGCUUCCCAUUUGUUUUCUGGGCAGGUGCCUUUAUUUGUUUUAUGACAUUGACUCUGAAAGAGGAGUUCAAUCUGGGUUCUAUUUUGGAGGUGGUAGAUGGCGCUGAGUUGAGUGAGGAUCCGGUGCAUUGUGCUCAGCCUUAUUCAUUAACACUUAAGCACAGGUGACAUCAGACCUAUUCUUACCUUGUUCUCAUGGACCUAACAUGUCUCAAUAGCCAGAUGUGUUAGAUGCACUCCUCUUUUCUUCCAAAAUGACUUCUAUUGUGUUCUCAUUCUGAGGAGUCGAUAUGCUCCUGUCUCUAAUGUGAAAUGACCGCUCAGGUUGCCAGGUCUGGUCAAAGGACCUAAUCAGACAGAUAUGCGAUGUGCACAGCUGAUUGGGAUGUUAAAAAACAUGGUCUCCUAUUGCAGAUGUAGAUAUACAGUGGCUUGCGAAAGUAUUCACCCCCCCUUGGCAUUUUUCCUAUUUUUGUUACCUUACAACCUGGAAUUAAAAUGGAUUUUUGGGGGGGUUGUAUCAUUUUGAUUUACACAACAUGCCUACCACUUUGAAGAUGCAAAAUAUUAUUUUUUUGUGAAACAAACAAGAAAUAAGAAAAAAAACAAUUAUUGAGCGUGCAUACUUUGUAGAGCCACCUUUUGCAGCAAUUACAGCUGCAAGUCUCUUGGGGUAUGUCUCUAUAAGCUUGACACAUCUAUCCACUGGGAUUUCUGCCCAUUCUUCAAGGCAAAACUGCUCCAGCUCCUUCAAGUUGGAUGGGUUCCGCUGGUGUACAGCAAUCUUUAAGUCAUACCUCAGAUUCUCAAUUGGAUUGAGGUCUGGGCUUUGACUAGGCCAUUCCAAGACAUUUAAAUGUUUCCCCUUAAACCACCCGAGUGUUGCUUUAGCAGUAUGCUAAGGGUCAUUGUCCUGCUGGAAUGUGAACCUCUGUCCCAGUCUCAAAUCUCUGGAAGACUGAAACAGGUUUCAGGGUUAUCUUUGGUCUCUUUGUUGCCUCUCUGAUAAAUGCCCUCCUUGCCUGGUCUGUGAGUUUUGGUGGGCGGCCCUCUCUUAGCAGGUUUGUUGUGGUGCCAUAUUCUUUCCAUUUUCUAAUAAUGGAUUUAAUGGUGCUCGGUGGGAUGUUCAAAGUUUCUGAUAUUUUUUUAUAACCCAACCCUGAUCUGUACUUCUCCACAACUUUGUCCCUGACCUGUUUGGAGAGCUCCUUGGUCUUCAUGGUGCCACUUGCUUAAUGGUGUUGCAGACUCUGGGGCCUUUCAGAACAGAUGUGUGUGUAUAUAUACUGAGAGCAUGUGACAGAUCAUGUGACACUUAGAUUGCACACAGGUGGACUUUAUUUAACUAAUUAUGUGACUUCUGAAGGUAAUUGGUUGCACCAGAUCUUAUUUAGGGGCUUCAUAGCAAAGGGGGUGAAUACAUACGCACGCAUCACUUUUCCGUUAUUAAUUUUUUAGAAUUUUUUGAAACAAGUAGUUUUUUUCAUUUCACUUCACCAAUUUGGACUAUUUUGUUUAUGUCCAUUACAUGAAAUCCAAAUAAAAAUCCAUAUAAAUUACAGGUUGUAGUGCAACAAAAUAGGAAAAACACCAAGGGGGAUGAAUACUUUUACAAGGCACUGUAACUGAAUCCACAGCUCUGAACACCAUUCUCACCGUUUCAUGUUUAUCUUGGAAUAUGCUCCAUGUCUGAUGUCUGUCCUCAUUACAUUACAUAUUGGGUACUGUGUUCUGUGUUGUUUUUGUAGAUGUGUGUGUUGCAAAGGGCAGCUAGUAUCUGUGUGUGGUGAGUGACUCUGUGUCUUCUCUCCUCCAGAUCAUGUUCCAGGCAUAUGGGGACAAGCAGGGUCCUCUACAUGGCAUGCUCAUCAACACCCCCUAUGUGACCAAGGACCUGCUGCAGUCCAAACGCUUCCAGGCCCAGUCCCUGGGAACCACCUACGUCUAUGACUUCCCUGAGAUGGUCAGACAGGUACAGACCGUGACACAACGGCCCACAGUGGUCUCCGUUGAUGGUGUACAUAAAAACAUACUAUCAUGUUUGGGGUCAAUUGCAUUUAAACUCGGUCAGUUCAGGAAGUUAAUUGAAAUCUAAUGCAUGAAAUGAAGAUCUCACAUAGUAAAAUAAUGGGAAAUGUCAAAUUUGAUUAAUUAAAACGUCUCCCCUGAAUUUAAAUGGAAUUGACUUCAACCCUGCAUGUUAUCACUUUCCAGUAAGUUUGUUAUACUAAGAGUGAGCAGCAGUCCCUCGUCUACCUGGCUCCUCUUUCCUCCAGGCUCUAAAGAAGCUGUGGCAGUCCACCAAAGCCUUCGCCCACCUGCCCAAAUGCCCUCUGCCCUCUGAGCUGCUCACCUUCACUGAGCUGGUCCUGGACCCACAGGGACAGCUGGUGCAGAUGAACCGUCUACCAGGAGGGAACGAGGUGAGGAGUCACUCCUAUAAAGUUGCUGUUCCAGUUCUGAUCUGUAGGUGUCUCUGUGUUUCUUUGGCAGGAUUGUUCAGUAGCUGUUUGCCAGGUUAUUGUAUUGCAUGGGUAUUGUCUUUUUGAAAAUGCAUACAACAGUAAUGUCUCUACUACAUAAAUGAAUAUGUGUACCUGUGUGUGUGUCCCUCUAGAUUGGCAUGGUGGCCUGGCGGAUGACCCUCAGGACCCCAGAGUACCCGGCAGGGCGUGAGAUCAUAUUGAUCAGUAAUGACAUCACACACAAGAUUGGUUCGUUUGGCCCGCAGGAGGACCUGCUGUUCCUGCAGGCGUCAGAGAUGUCCAGGGAGAGUGGCAUCCCUCGCAUCUACAUCUCUGCCAACAGCGGUGCCCGCAUCGGCCUGGCAGAGGAGAUCAGACACAUGUUCCAUGUAGCCUGGCAGGACACGGCAGACCCCUACAAGGUCAGCUGGCAGAAGGGGAGCAUGGGGGCGUAGACCUUCUAUUGAAGAAUUUAAACUCUAUUUUGAUUUGGAGAUUAGUAGUGUAGUUCUCUGUUAGCAGAUGGUUCUACUGUGAUGCUGUUUUGUACUGUAGGGAUUACUGUUGUUUUCUUGUGUUUUGUCUGUAUUGGGUGUAUUCCGUUAGGGACCACGUUGGAAACAAGUGAUAUUAGCUUUAACGUGUAAUCCCCUGGGUUGUACUCGGUGCAUCUUUUUUUCCCAAUAAAUCAAUCAAAUCAAUCUACCCAAGUAUGUAUGCCCCUCGCAGUGUGCUAAUUCAAAGUCUUUGUUUCUCUCUCUCCAGGGCUUCAAGUACCUGUACCUGACCCCUCAGGACUACAAGAAGGUGUCAGCCCUGAAUUCUGUUCACUGUGAACACAUAGAGGAUGAGGGAGAGUCCAGGUGAGUCCAGGCAUUACCCCUCAGCCAUAUUAUUAUUCACCGUCAACCUAAUCAAUACAGAUAAUACAUCCAGCUCACUGGCUUAGGCCAGCGGAGAAACUGUACAUCUACAAAUUAAGAGAAUCAAUGGACUGUGCAUGAAUACACAUGAAAAGCCCCUUGCACAAUGGGAGAAGUGGAAUAAGGAAAAGGAUGAAGUGAUGAGGGCCACUGAGAGAGGCGUGAUGUGUCUGACUGAGCCUUUCCUUGUUAAGGUACAAGAUCACUGACAUCAUCGGGAAGGAGGAGGGUCUGGGGGUGGAGAACCUGAAGGGCUCCGGGAUGAUCGCUGGAGAGUCCUCACUGGCCUACGAUGAGGUCAUCACCAUGAACCUGGUACGCACCGACACACUGGAUGUACCAACACACACGCACGUCGACACACACACGGGCCUACGCACAGCACUUAUAGGAAUGGUGGACUUAACACCUCUUUAAUGCAAAACUGUCUUUCAUGUCUAAGUUACUACUUAUAGACAUACUCCGGGACUUUGGCAACUACUAAGUAUAUUUUUAAACGUCCUUCUUUGGGCUGGAUGUGUCAAUGUGUAGUUCAUACAUGUAGAAUCUAGGAGCAGAAUUACUGUCUUACAUCAGUUAGCAAAGAAAUCCCUAUAUUAAAAGCGGCUGUUUUCUGGAAGCUGUGAUGUGACAUUUUCCCCCACGUGGGCCACCCCCGUAGCAAUUCCAGUUCUAGCCAAUGAGCUUCAGUCCCUCGCCAUUUGAGUGACAGCUAGCAAGAUGCACACACAGCAGAGCGAGAGAGAGAGCAAUGACGUGGUGCACAUACAGUUGAAGUCGGAAGUUUACAUAUACUUAGGUUGGAGUCAUUAAAACUUGUAUUUCAACCACUCCACAAAUUUCUUGUUAACAAACUAUAGUUUUGGCAAGUUGGUUAGGACAUCUACUUUGUGCAUGACACAAGUAAUUUUUCAAACAAUUGUUUACAGACAGAUUAUUUCACUUAUAACUCACUGUAUCACAAUUCCAGUGGGUCUAAAGUUUACAUACACUAAGUUGACUGUGCCUUUAAACAGCUUGGAAAAUUCCAGAAAAUGAUGUCAUGGCUUUAGAAGCUUCUGAUAGGCUAAUUGACAUCAUUUGAGUCAAUUGCAGGUGUACCUGUGGAUGUAUUUCAAGGCCUACCUACAAACUCAGUGCCUCUUUGCUUGACAUCAUGGGAAAAUCUAAAGAAAUCAGCCAAGACCUCAGAAAAAUAAAUGUGUAGACCUCCACAAGUCUGGUUCAUUCUUGGGAGCAAUUUCCAAACGCCUGAAGGUACCACGUUCAUCUGUACAAACAAUAGUACGCAAGUAUAAACACCAUGGGACCACGAAGCCGUCAUACCGCUCAGGAAGGACACGCGUUCUGUCUCCUAGAGAUGAACGUACUUUGGUGCGAAAAGUGCAAAUCAAUCCCAGAACAACAGCAAAGGACCUUAUGAAGAUGCUGGAGGAAACAGGUACAAAAGUAUCUAUAUCCACAGUAAAAUGAGUCCUAUAUCGACAUAACCUGAAAGGCUGCUCAGCAAGGAAGAAGCCACUGCGCCAAAACCGCCAUUAAAAAAGCCAGACUACGGUUUGCAACUGCACAUGGGGACAAAGAUCGUACUAUUUGGAGAAAUGUCCUCUUGUCUGAUUAAACAAAAAUAUACAUGUUUGGCCAUAAUAACCAUCAUUGUGUUUGGAGGAAAAAGGGGGAUGCUUUCAAGCCGAAGAACACCAUCCCAACCGUGAAGCACAGGGGUGGCAGCAUCAUGCUGUGGGGGUGCUUUGCUGCAGGAGGGACUUUUUUUUUUUUUUACAAGGAUUAAAUGUCAGGAAUUGUGAAAUACUGAGUUUAAAUGUAUUUGGCUAAGGUGUAUGUAAACUUCCGACUUCAACUGUAUAUCUGCAGAUAUAUUUCAGGGGCCACUUUUUGCUCGUGACCGCUACUUUCAGAACUACUGGCUAAAAAGUAUACAAAAGUACCGGAGAAUCUCUAAGUGCUACUUUUGGCAGAGGGUAGCAAAUCUAAGAAUUGGUUUACCCUGACCACUGACAUGCACUUGACCAGUGGUUUCCUAACCAGGCUGUGUGUGCUUCUCUCUCCAGGUGACUUGUCGCGCUAUAGGGAUCGGAGCCUACCUGGUUAGGCUGGGUCAGAGGACCAUACAGGUCGAAAACUCCCACAUCAUCCUCACUGGGGCUGGAGCUCUCAACAAGGUAAGGGCCAGCAUCACUCCCCCUGUCCUAGCUGCACCUCAUGGCACACAACUGAAAUAGUGAGAGAUAUUCUGCUAGGAUGCAGUGUUGCAGUGCAGCCUCUGCAUAGGGACAUUGGUUCUUUGUCUGAAGCAUAAAAGGUAUAUUCAGCUUUAGCACUCACCAUGCAUCACUAACAACAAGACUACACAUAAUUAAAUGAACCAUUUAUAAAACAGAUACCGUGACGGUCAUUUUAUACUCUUUUAAUUGUCCUGUAUUUUUUUUUAAGACAAUAGGCGAGAUGUUAAUGUGUGCUUAUGCACUGUGCUCCGUCGUCUGUGACGCACAAAGAUUGUUCCUUAUUAAAAUGCAGAUGCGUUAAUUGCAUGAACUAUGGAUUUCACUAUUAAUAUGUAUUAGUCGUCAUGCCACUUAUUUUGCAGUUAAUUUGAGGAAGAGAAAAAAGAGGUGUGUGUGUAUUUUUGUUACUGUAUACUGUAAGGAUAGAGCUUUGGCCAUUGGAUAGAUAGGAUAUAUCCCCUAAGAGUGAACAAUACAACAGACUGCUCCCUCUGAAUUAGGAUGGAGGCAGGAAGACUGCAUCACGUCUCAAUCUAAGAAUAAAAAAUUAUAAUGGUGUUUUCUGAUCCCGUAUUAUUCUCUCACUCAGUGUGCAGUUUUCCACCUCAGUGAUCAGGCCUUUUUCGCCCUUGUUCUGUGGUUGAACCCCCCCCCCCCCCCCCCUUCUCCUCCUCUGUCUCCCCAGUCAUACUGCUGCAGCUCCUGGUGGAAUAAUAGAAAGAGAAGCGUGAAGUUGUUAUUUGCAUAGAAAUAGCAGCGUGAUGCCUGAGGCUGCUGCUGAGGGAAGGACACCCAUUUAAUUUGUUUCCAAUCAGAAUGAAAAGUUUUGCUGAGGCAGAUUGUUUUCUCUCUCAGAGCUCCACUAGGACUGACUACCCACUGCUUCCCCCAUCCCUCUCUCUCUCCCUCCGUCUCUCUUCCCUUCAUCUCUCCUCAGUCUCUGCAUUAACAUGAGUCUAUUCCAAAUUACAUGACAAAUUGCCGCAUGACAAAACACAACUACAUGCGCAUUUCCAUUUGCAGGUUUUGCUGCAAGCUCUUAUGUGUGUGUGUGUGUGUGUUCGGAUGCUAGAGAAACGUCAGGAGGUUGUGUUACAGUAUGUGCUACAAUACAUUUGAAAAAUUGUGACAUCUCAAUUUGAUAUGUUCAAGUAAAUUUAAAAUAGGAAAACUAGAUUUACUGAAAUGUAUACAUCUACCAGUGCAGCAGUAAAUCUAUAGUUUUCCUAUUUAAAAAUGUACUGUAACAUGUUAUCAAAUGGAUGUCACAUUUGAAUGUGUCCAUUCACAAUGAUGGAUCGUCCAUUCAACAGUAAUAUGGCAGAAAAAUGUAGCUAGACAUUCACUAUAACUUUGCAUUCAUAUUAUAUCCCCAUAGACUACCUGGUUCACCAAAACAGUAUGAGGAGGAGGUACACACAGUCUGUCAUCUAAAGACACUCAUUUCAUUCACUGAUGGACAUCUUUCUCCUAUUUGUAUGGUGACUGGAUAGUAGCUACUGGUACAAAUAUCCCAGUGGGCCACUAGAAGAGCCUAUGGCCCUCCUCCAUCCUCUCUCCGCUCGCUCGCGCCUCCACCCUACCUCUUUUCUCCCUCUGCUGUGGAAUCUUAAUGAACCCAGGCCCAGCCCGGUGGCGCAGAGGCUCUGCGUCUGCCUGUCAAGGUGAAUGCAAUGCUUCCCGGGGCCACGGGCUGGCCUGACAGCUUUAGGAGAGUGCCCAGGAUUUGUAGCCAGGGACAUAACCAUUAAUGGGAACAGAGAAAGUAAAUGCUGGUGAAGAGGUGAGAGCUGAGUGAUCAACGAGCACCUCUCUGUGUUUUUUACGGAACUGUGUCCCCUGCGCGGCUGCCCGCCCCUGCGUGUGUGUGGCGAGGAGUGUAGGUUAAUGGGUCUAUGCCAUCCUUCAUUAGCCUCUCACACCGGGAGUAUACUCGCACACAUACAGGCUGUCUCAUACACGCUAUUCACUGUGCAUGCGUGUGUGUUUUUGUGUAUGUGUGUGUGUGCCUGCUCAUAAACAGGCUGUGAGGUAGUGUGCGGUGCGAGCGGGCAGCUCUUUGUCACAGCUCCUGUCGAUAGUGUGGGUGAAUUGUGUCGGGGAGGAGAAACAUUGGGUAUUAAUUCACUCUGGAGGUUACAAAUAACCCCUGGGAGGGAGCGCGCCGGACACUAGCGGCCCCCCGUGACCGCCGUGAUGCAGUGAUCCCUAGCCACCGAUCGACAGUAUUGACGAGGCUGUUUGGUGCCACGGUAGGGAGCAGGAGGGUCCCUGUCCCCUGGCAAGUGUGUGUGUGUGUGAUUCUAUUGAUCCACAGCCCCAGGGACCAGAGCCUUGGUGACACCACCCUUUAUCCUCAGCCCUAAGCCUCAAAGGGGUUGGUUCACUAUGCCCUGUAGGGAGAAGAAUGGGUGUAUCACGACAUAAAAUACCCAUUAUUGUAUAUCUAGUGUCUACAUAUGGUUGGAGGUCUCUCGGUUUGUAGUUUGUAGGGAAAUCGGCUUACAUGGUUUGACACUCAAGGAAGAAUUAGCGAUUGCUAAACAGAAUAUGACAUCACCCCCAUCUUGUUCUUUCCCGUAGGUGCUGGGUAGAGAGGUGUACACCUCCAACAACCAGCUGGGUGGGAUUCAGAUCAUGCACAACAACGGUGUGACCCACAGCACUGUGUGUGAUGACUUUGAGGGAGUCCACAUGCUACUGCACUGGCUCUCCUACAUGCCCAAGGUAAGCAUCAGCUCUUACUAUCAACAUGUAUUCCAAUGUCCAUUAAUUUAGGCUUAACCCAUGCAAAUGUACCUUUAUGCUGUUAGCUACUCGCAGGGAAGCUGUGUUAAAUUCAGAGGCAAUGUUAACAUUUUUUCCAUGACUUUCUGAAUGUUUGUCCCCCAUAGGACCGAUCUAGUCCUGUGCCCAUUAUCAAUGCCAAGGACCCCAUAGACCGGCUGGUGGAGUUUAUGCCCACCAAGGCCCCCUAUGACCCCCGUUGGAUGCUGGCAGGACGCCCCGGCCAGAGUGAGUAACCCCUUUUCUUCUACAGAGAUGAAUAUUUCUUCAAAAACAUUUUACAGUACCCAACAAACGAGAAAUAACUACUUUUAAUUCACCAUAUUGUGCACUUACAACAUAUUGUAUACUCUGUACCUCACUCAUCACCUACUCUAUCUAAUCUUUCCAUCGCUGUGCAAUAAAGGAUCCUAUAAUUUUCUCCUUCUAUAAAAAAGAAUCACUCACUUGUAGUCAUUCAUCCUCUCCUCCAGUCUCAUUAGUGCUGCCUCAGCAGGUGUAAAAAGGCGGCUCAUCAUACAUCCAUUUAGUCUGAUUGUCAUUUAAAGGUUGACAUGCGAUUUACGCUGCGAUCAUUUCCGGCAGAUCAAAUCAAAUCAAAUGUUAUUGGUCACAUGCGCCGAAUACAACAGGUGCAGACAUUACAGUGAAAUGCUUACUUACAGCCCUUAACCAACAGUGCAUUUAUUUUUAACAAAAAAAGUAAAAAUAAAACAACAACAAAAAAAGUGUUGAGAAAAAAAGAGCAGAAGUAAAAUAAAAUAACAGUAGGGAGGCUAUAUAUACAGGGGGGUACUGGUGCAGAGUCAAUGUGCGGGGGCACCGGCUAGUUGAGGUAAUAUGUACAUGUGGGUAGAGUUAAAAUGACUAUGCAUAAAUAAUUAACAGAGUAGCAGCAGCGUAAAAAGGAUGGGGUGGAGGGGCAGUGCAAAUAGUCCGGGUAGCCAUGAUUAGCUGUUCAGGAGUCUAAUGGCUUGGGGGUAGAAGCUGUUGAGAAGUCUUUUGGACCUAGACUUGGCACUCCGGUACCGCUUGCCGUGCGGUAGCAGAGAGAACAGUCUAUGACUAGGGUGGCUGGAGUCUUUGAGGUCAGGGGUUAAACUAAUUCCUGACUGUUAGAGGGUUAUAGGCUUGCUGUAGGGGGGAUAUUCCUCAUCCAGACACUGUGAGAGACACUGUGAACCCUGGGCUCGCUGGGUGGAUGAAGAGAUGGAGAUAGCAGGGGAAUGGAUGGCUUAGGUUUUACAUGCAGGGUCAGGCCCGAGCAGAUUCCAUAUCAGUGUAAUUACAACUUUGGGCAGAGGAAGAGAUUGAGGGGCGGUGCAUUGCGCGAGGGAGACCAGUCCAUGUCUUUAGCUGUGAUGAGUGGGGACGCUUAAUUGAAUGGUAACCUCUUGGACUAGCCCUGUCGCUCUCACUCUACCAGGAACAGGAGAGCUGAGCAAGGCUCUUUACAGCCUCAUCCGUCUGAAGAUUAGAGAUUUGUUUUCAAAAGAAAGAACUCUGCUUUUGGCCGCAUGGAUAUGACAUGAGUGUAUGGUCAGCAUCUGGAGGGAAAAAUGUAUUAUUCUGCCAAAUAAGGGCAAAUGGUAUUUCUAAUUUACAAAUGUUUACUUUGUAAUAAUCAAAUAUUUAAACUCUGUCGCUCUCUCUUUUUCUCUGUCUCUCUCUCCGUCUUUCUCCAGCUCCAAAGGGCCCAUGGCAAAGUGGGUUCUUUGACCAUGGCUCAUUCAUGGAGAUCAUGCAGCCGUGGGCUCAGAGUGUGGUGGUGGGCAGAGCCAGGUAAUUUAUGCUUUUUUUUAAAAAGUUGAACAAAUUGUUCAAAUGAGGGGACAUUUGGUCGAACAACCCUCCUAUCAGCCCUCAGGGUGUCAUAGUUGUGUGUCCUGUCCUUAUGUGACCCUCUUCUCUCACACAGGCUAGGUGGCAUACCUACUGGAGUGGUUGCUGUGGAAACUAGAUCAGUGGAGCUGUCAAUCCCAGCCGAUCCAGCCAACCUGGACUCUGAAGCCAAGGUAACAUCCUUUCAAUACCUGCAAUAUGUUCUGUCCUAAUUCACAUUUUUUGCACCCAUGAACACCGAGAAAUACACACACACGUACUGUAACCCUCUGUUGUCCUGUCCUCAGAUCAUCCAGCAGGCAGGCCAGGUGUGGUUCCCUGACUCUGCGUUUAAGACGGCACAGGCCAUCAAGGACCUGAACCGCGAGGGCCUCCCUCUCAUGGUGUUCGCCAAUUGGAGGGGUUUCUCUGGAGGCAUGAAAGGUAACAGAUAACAUAUGUUUGUAUAUCUCUUAGUUAAGCGUGGUCCUCUGUAGCUCAGCUGGUAGAGCACGGCGCUUGUAACGCCAAGGUAGUGGGUUCGAUCCCCGGGACCACCCAUACACAAAAAUGUAUGCACGCAUGACUGUAAGUCGCUUUGGAUAAAAGCGUCUGCUAAAUGGCAUAUUAUUAUUAUAUAUAUUAUAUUUAUAUUAUUAUUAUAUAUUAUAUUAUUAUAUUAUAUUAUUAUAUUAUAUACCUGUGUCUGUGCGUUUUCAGUCUGAUAUAAAAUCCCACUCCUGUGCCUCCCUCAGACAUGUAUGACCAGGUGCUGAAGUUUGGGGCCUACAUCGUGGAUGGGCUGAGGGAGUACCGCCAGCCAGUUCUGGUGUACAUCCCUCCCCAGGCAGAGCUCAGAGGAGGGUCCUGGGUGGUCAUAGACCCCACCAUCAACCCCCGCCACAUGGAGAUGUACGCUGACAAGGACAGUCGGUGAGUUUCUCUGAACAUAACCCAUUUAGCAAAGCACUUUCCAGACCGACUAUGCUUCUACUACUGUAAUAGUGUUCAGUCAGUGAUGUUUGGGUGCUGUGUUGACGAUAUCCUCUGUCUGUUUUACAGUGGUGGAGUGUUGGAGCCAGAGGGAACGGUAGAGAUCAAGUUUAGGAAGAAGGACCUGGUGAAGACUAUGAGGAGGGUGGACCCGGUCUACAUGGGCCUGGCAGAGAGAUUGGGUGAGUAAAAUACUCCAACUUUCUCUCAAUCACAAUGUCGUUCUACUUCUGCUGUUCUCUCUUGCUAAUAAUCAACUCUUUCACAACUGCUCUUCCUCCUUCUCUCUUUCGCUCUCUUUUUCGGUUUCUCCUUUGCGCCCUCUCUUUCUCACUCGCUCUGUUUCUCAUUCUCUCCCUCUGUAUCUCUCUCUCUCUGGAGGGAGGGAUGGUAAUAUCUAGCUGUGUGUGUGUGUGCUGUAAUUCCCUGUCACUCUUGUUCUUUAUCUGAGGGUGAUCGUAUCGUCCCUGCUCUGUUCCCUGGGGAGAUGUGUCAAUCACGGCAGGGCCAGAUCAAUCAGCAGGGCCUGCUCUGUCCCUCCUGCCCAGUCACCCCACCCAACCCGGGCUUAUUGAUCUUCCUCUGGGCUCACAGGAGCACCAUGGAGCCAUUGAGCAAUGGGCCAGCGCCAGGCCUCUAGGGGCUGUGGUGGGGAGACUGACCGAUUGGCUCUGACAGAAAUCAAUCUCCGCUGACAGGCAGCACAGCAGCCGGAGGUUCUGGAGAAUACCUAACCAAAACAGACAGUGAAACGGAGAGCUGAGCUGAGCCUGCACUGUACAGUCAUAAAGAACCAACCAACGCAGGGAUAAUAAGAGUGGCGCUUACACACUAUUGCAUAAAACCAACACCAUGCUAAUGGGAGUGUAGCUUCUUACCCUAAACACUCAUGUUGUCAUACCAAUACAGUGAAUAAGGAAGUGUAGCCCAUCCCAAACGUUCACACUGUCCAUUGACACAAUGUCCUUGGAAUGUUUGUUUCUGAUGUUACAUAAAUAUUCUCCGCAUGCAGCUGGCUUGAAUCAGACCUCCGUGAAUAAUCCCUGCCUCACCAUAACCUACUCAGUAUGGUUUGUGUUGGAACCCUCCUGGUCAUUUUGGUCCCCCUCCCCAGGUACCCCAGAGCUGGGCCCGCCAGAGAGGAAGGAACUGGAGACCAAACUGAAGGAGCGGGAGGAGUUCCUGUUACCCAUCUUCCACCAGGUGGCCGUGCAGUUCGCCGACCUCCACGACACCCCGGGACGCAUGCAGGAGAAGGGCGUCAUCACGGUGAGACUACACUGUCACAAAGUCACGCUGAACGCAAACGUGAUCACAACAGAGAUUGUAUCAGAACACUAUGGAAAUGAAGGGUGCAAUAGGGUCCCCCAUAGCUACACUACCAGUCAAAAGUUUAGACACACCUACUCAUUCAAGGGUUUUUCUUUCUUUUUACUAUUUUCUACAUUGUAGGAUAACUAUGAAAUAACACAUAUAGAAUCAUGUAGUAACCAAAAAAGUGUUAAACAAAUCAAAAUAUAUUUUAUAUUUGAGGUUCUUCAAAGUAGCCACCCUUUGCCUUGAUGACAGCUUUGCACACUCUUGGCAUUCUCUCAAGCAGCUUCAUGGAAUGCAUUUCAAUUAACAGGUGUGCCUUGUAAAAAGUUAAUUUGUGGAAUUUCUUUCCCGCUUAAUGUGUUUGAGACAAUCAGUUGUGUUGUGACAAGGUAGGGGGGUAUACAGAAGAUCGCCCUAUUUGGUAAAAGACCAAGUCCAUAUUAUGGCAAGAACAGUUCAAAUAAGCAAAGAGAAAUGACAGUCAAUCAUUACUUUAAGACAUGAAGGUCAGUCAAUCCGGAAAAUGUCAAGAACUUUGAAAGUUUCUUCAAGUGCAGUCGCAAAAACCAUCAAGCGCUAUGAUGAAACUGGCUCUCAUGAGGACCGCACAGGAAUGGAAGACAGAGUUACCUCUGCUGCAGAGGAUAAGUUCAUUAGAGUUACCAGCCUCAGAAAUUGCAGCCCAAAUAAAUGCUUCACAGAGUUCAAGUAACAGACACAUCUCAACAUCAACUGUUCAGAGGGGACUGUGUGAAUCAGGCCUUCAUUGUCGAAUUGCUGCAAAGAAACCACUACUAAAGGACAUCAAUAAGAAGAGACUUGCUUGGGCCAAGAAACAUGAGCAAUGGACAUUAGACCGGUGGAAAUGUGUCCUUUUGGUCUGUAGUCCAAAUUUGGGAUUUUUGGUUCCAACCGCCGUGUCUUUGUGAGAUGCGGUGUGGGUGAACGGAUGAUCGCCGCAUGUGUCGUUCCCACCGUAAAGCAUGGAGGAGGUGGUGUUAUGGUGUGGGGCUGCUUUGCUGGUGACACUGUCUGUGAUUUAUUUAGAAUUCAAGGCACACUUAACCAGCAUGGCUACCACAGCAUUCUGCAGCGAUACGCCAUCCCAUCUGAUUUGUUUUUCAACAGGACAAUGACCCAACACACCUCCAGGCUUUGUAAGGGCUAUUUUACCAAGAAGGAGAGUGAUGGAGUGCUGCAUCAGAUGACCUGGCCUCCACAAUCCCCUGACCUCUAACCAAAUGAGAUGGUUUGGGAUGAGUUGGAUCUUGGAGUAAAGGAAAAGCAGCCAACAAGUGCUCAGCAUAUGUGGGAACUCCUUCAAGACUGUUGGAAAAUCAUUCCAGGUGAAGCUGGUUGAGAGAAUGUCAAGAGUGUGCAAAGCUGUCAUCAAGGCAAAAGGUGAAUACUUUGAACAAUCUAAAAUAUAUUGGUUGCUACAUGAUUCCAUAUUUGUUAUUUCAUUGUUUUGAUGUCUUCACUAUUAUUCUACAAGGUAGAAAUAGUACACAAAAAAAAAAACAUUUGACUGGUACUAUAUAUGUGAAGAAAUGUUACAUAAAGUUUUUCUUUGAUAUAAUCUAACUCCAUACACACAGAGCUGUAUCUAUGCAGUAUGUGAGUAACCAAGCCUGUAUUACCCAGGAUGCAGUAGCCUGGUGCAGUUGAUGAGAGGCCUAGGGAAUAGUGUUCAGUAGAGGCCUAGGGAAUAGUGUUCAGUAGAGGCCUAGGGAAUAGUGUUCAGUAGAGGCCUAGGGAAUAGUGUUCAGUAGAGGCCUAGGGAAUAGUGUUCAGUAGAGGCCUAGGGAAUAGUGUUCAGUAGAGGCCUAGGGAAUAGUGUUCAGUAGAGGCCUAGGGAAUAGUGUUCAGUAGAGGCCCGAGGGAAUAGAGUGUUCCAAUCUCUCUGGCUGUGAGACGUGUCUUUAUAAUUACCUGCUGAUGACCCGGCCCAUCACCUCAGCAAGCACAGAACAGCCCCAGGCAGGAUUCCAGGCUCUCUCCAUCACACACAAACUCACACACUUGAAACACACACUCUAGCAACACACAGACACACACACUCGUGUAUGCACAAUGGGUUAUUUCAUGAGAGAAGACUGCUAGGGCAUUUCUGUAUAAGAGAUGACAAUCUAUCUGACACUCUCAAGAUGCAUGCAAAUGUAUCAGCAAAAUAUUAUUUGAUGAAUGCCUGCAAAUGCAACCGCACAAUAAUCUGUGAUUGAAAGACACACAGGUUCCCAGUAGAAUACCAAGGACCGAUGGAUUCCUCUAGUCUCUGGAGUCUCUCUUGCACUCAUAAGUUCUCAUAUCAUAAUGUACAAAGAUAUUUUAUUCAGUUCAAAAUAAUAAAACAUGUAUGUAAACUAAGUAAUGUCAGAUAUUAGAAAAUGUUUUGGCGAAUAACUACACAAUAUACGAUUCAAUUUAAAUGUUAAAAUUACAGUGUCAGCCAGUAUGGCUUGUCAGGAAGAAGUUGGUGAGAUAUCUCCUCUCUGAAGCUCUGCUGUGUUUAUGGUUUCCCAGGACAUCCUGGAGUGGCGGACGUCACGUCACUUCUUCUACUGGCGUCUGAGGCGUCUGCUGCUGGAGGACACGGUCAAGAUGAAGAUCCAGGUCGCCAACAGCGAGCUGACCGAUGGACAGAUCCAGGCCAUGCUGAGACGCUGGUUCGUAGAGGCUGAAGGGACCGUCAAGGUGACUGUCCACUACCUGCUCCUCUACUUUCCUCAAACCAGCCCACCACAGCACAAAGACACUGACAGUCACUGUCAACUAGAGGCUGCAGAUUAUACAUCUAUACCUUCCUUCACAGUCUCAUAAUUAGAAGUCUGGUUUGAGUCAUUAAAAAAAAAAAUACAUUCAGUUCAGUUUCAAACCAGGAGUUGUGGUGUCUUGGAUAUGGCUAGGUAGAAAUAACUAGAAGUGAUGGUUAGAGAAGAGAUGUCCCUCUCAGCCCAGACUUCUGCCUUCAGGGGUGACUAGAAAAAGCCCAGCUCCUGAGGUAGACUGAGAGUAUCUUUAGAAGCGGUCGUCUUGUUAGCUUAAUACAUUACUCCAAUCAGGGCCGGCUAUCUUAAGCUACAAUUAAUCUGAGCCCUGGCACGUGCAGAUAGGAGAGCGACACGCUGUUUCUUAAUUAAAAGCAAACGGAUAAAAAAUGAUUAAUGGCAUUAAAGGUUCUUGCGGACUACAAGCAGGAGCACUCUUAAAACGGCGUGAGGUCACGCCCUCCCAAUCUGCCUAAGCCCCCCGUCUGCCUUUGUUUGGGAUCAGAGACUGGCUGCACUCAUGAAUAUGGAUUUCUCUAUCAGGUCCAGUCAAAAAGGCAUCAGUGGUCUGCUUUGUAGCUCUCGCACUUCUUUCACUUCUGAUAGGAUACUAUUAUUAUUAUUUUUCCACUUUUUUGGUUUGCUAGUUCAAACAAGCAUGGCUAUGAGAAAAUUAUUGUAGUACUCUCCAGCUCGAAACAAACAUGGGGUCGGACGGGGAUGUUUUUCCAGUAAUAUGGGUAAACUUAAGGCCCCAAAAAAAGAAUCUGUUAUUGAGUAAAUCUUCCUCUCUCUUCGUCUCGCUCUCGCUCUGUCUCUGUGUGUGCGCAGGCGUAUCUGUGGGACAGCAAUGAGGAGGUAGUGGAGUGGCUGGAGAAGCAGCUGAAGGAGGAGGAGGGGGCCAGGUCUAUCGUCGACGAGAACAUCAAGUACAUCCGCAGGGACCACAUCCUUAAGCAGAUCCGUAGGUGAGACAGACAGCCUGUUUAACAGGCAGAUCACUGCAAACCUACUGGCCUUUAGAUGUCCGGUAGCAGUCAGUUCAAAGCCUUGUAUAGUACCAUCUCUGUUUAUGCAGUGGGAUAUUUCCUGGUGUCAGGAAAGUGCAAUGUUACUGAUUCCCACAGAAUCAAUUUAUUCCAUUAACCCUUUGUUUACCUGUGACUGUGCAUCUCCUUAAUCUCACUCACAAUCUCUCAUCUCCUCUUUUUUUUUUUAGCCUGGUCCAAGCCAACCCUGAGGUUGCCAUGGAUUCCAUCGUGCACAUGACCCAACACAUCUCCCCUACACAGCGUGCUGAGGUGGUCCGCAUCCUGUCUACCAUGGAUGCCGCCCCGGCCGCCACCUAAGCCCCAUUUUAUACCUGGUUCUAACAUGCAUCCUUUGUCUUAAAAUGUCCACAUUCUGAUCUUGUCCACAGACAGGUGUAGAUGAUUGAUCAGAUCUUCCUGACCAGCUCCGGAGGUAGUCAGGGACCCAUUGUAUUUGGAUAUCAAUCAAUUGUUAAUAGGUCUGGAUGGUCAAUCCAUUUAAAAAAACAUAACGGUCUCUAAAAUCAUUGACAGGUAGGUAGCACCAUUGACUUAUGGCAUCAAUAAUUGUCUUAAAAUAAAUAAGUUCAUAUUAUUUUGAAAGAAUAUCUCACAUAAUUUGCAUACAGGGAGGCUCCAGGAAAUCUGGUCACAAUUUGGACACAGUGGACGGUGGAUAAGGGAGACAUUUUACUACCAUGUGUAGAUCAAAUAAAUAAAAAUCACAUGCGCCGAAUACAACAGCUGUAGACUUUACCGUGAAAUGCUUACUUACGAGCCCUUUCCCAGCAAUGCAGAAUUUAAAAGUAAGAAACAUUUGCUAAAUUAAAACAAGGAAAUAGUAACACAAUCAAUUAACAAUAACAAGGCUAUAUAAAAGGAGUACCGGUACCGAGUCAAUGUGCAGGGGUAUGAGGUAGUUGAAGUAAUUGGGGUAAUAUGUACAUGUAGGUAGGGGUAAAAGUGACUAGGCAAUCAGGAUAGGUAAUAAACAGAGUAUCAGCAGCAUGUGGGUAGAGUCUAGUGAGUGUGCAAAAGAGUCAGUGCAACAACAAAAAAAGGGGGUCAAUGCAAAUAUUCAUCAGAUGCAAUGUGGACACAAUCAGAAUGUGGAUAAGAUCCGGACAAAGGACGCACGUUAGCACCAGUUAUAAACCAGACUCUAGAGGGCCUCUCCUCUCUCCCCAGCCUGGCCCCACUAUCUACGGUGCACUGCACCCUGGCACUGUCCCUGUGGAGGAACUGUGCUGGAAACUGGGGCUGGAGGAGCCAACAUGGCAGCCGAUGGAGUUUGUGCUGUUACUGAUGAAACUGUUGGCACUGAUUCUGGAGGGAGGGGGAAGAGCUGAGACACACAGGGACUGAUAUCCAGGGUAAUGAAUUUACACAAGUCUUACAGAAUGUGUGUUAGUGUUGAUAUACACUGAGUGUACAAAACAUUAGAAACUCCUUCCUAAUAUUGAGUUGCAACCCCUUUUGCCUCAAUUCGUCGGGGCAUGGACUCUACAAGGUGUUCCACAGGGAAGCUGGCCCAUGUUGACUCCAAUGCUUGCAACAGUUGUCAAGUUGGCUGGAUGUCCUUUGGGUGGUGGACCAUUCUUGACACACACGGGAAACUGUUGAGUGUGAAAAACCCAGCAGCGUUGCAGUUCUUGACACAAACCGGUGCGCCUGGCACCUACUACCAUACCCCAUUCAAAGGCACUUAAAUCUUUUGUCUUGCCCAUUCACCCUCUGAAUGGCACACAUACACAAUCCAUGUCUCAAUUGUCUCAAGGCUUAAAAAUCAUUCUUUAACCUGUUUCCUACCCUUCAUCUACACUGAUUUGAAGUGGAUUUAACAAGUAAUAUCAAUAAGGGAUGAUACUGUAGCAUUCACCUGGUCAGUCUGUCAUGGAAAGAGCAGGUGUUCUUAAUGUUUUGUACGCUCAUUGUAUCUAUAUGUGUAAGUGCAAUUGAAAAAUUGUCAACAAAGCAAAGACCAGAAAUGAUAUACUUGUAUAACUAACAUGAAUGAGGCCAAGCUUAGGGACUACUCAAUUGACCAAAGUGGAAGCAGCUCUUCAUCCAUUAGCAAUCAUAAAGAGCCUCUGUCCUAUUGGACAGGAAAACUUACAUUAGAUUUUGAAGUGUUUUGAUGGUGAUCUUGAAAAUUUAAAUGCCAGCAGAUUGCUGGGAGGGUUCACGAGGGUGGGGGGUUAGCACACCUUUGGUGGGAGCACUUAAUUACUGAUAAAACCCAGGGUAGUGAGUGUUGCGUGGCGCUACCGGGGCAUUGUGAUGGGGAGAGUUGGCCGAUCUGCCCUGGGCCUGUAGUGCUGGAGAGAAGAGCCCAGCAGAAGGAGAGGCCAAUUCAGACCAACCACCCCACACUGGCCCUGGGG